AAUUUAUGCAAGGUAUCAAAUGUCAUUUCCUUAGCAGCGACCAGCGUCUCAACGGAUCAAACAUCAAACCACAAGAUGGCGAUGUGGCCGACUGUUUUGAUUAGCUCGUUGUUAACUGUUGGCUUUCUUUCCCUCGAUACUCAGGCCGCAAAUGUUGCUCUUUUCAAGCCCACUAAAGCUAAUGCAACUUGUGGAUCUCCAGCGGAAACGUAUUAUAGCGUCGUGGAACGCUCCAAACCACUGAGGUUGAGAAAGCUUUCCGUCUGUGACUGCUGCAAUGCUUCCAAUCCUGGUGUAUCGCAUAACGCGUCAAAUAUGGUUGAUGGAAAUUUUGCAACGUGGUGGCAGUCUCCAGCAUCUGUAGAUAAAACAUCUAUUACAAUUGAUCUGAGAGGAAAUUAUCAAAAGGUAAGCGCCACCAGAGUUAAUAUUCGAAUUGAAAUUCUUCGCAGAUGCAUAAACUCGCGCGCAGGUUUUCAAAUCAAACGAAAAUAACCAAACUUCGUGUUCUUUGCAGGAUUUUUGUUGUUUGUUUGCUAUGUGAAUGUGAGUUUAUAGAAAAAGAUUUAUUCUGUAUCGUUCAUGGGGAGAAAUUCAGGAUUAAACCCAGAAGGAAUUCAUACAACCGUUAGCUGAUCCUUGCCAAAUUCCUCUGUUGUCUUUCUUGUAUCGGAUGGCAUGCUUCCUUGUCUAUUACCAUGGGAAUCACGUUCAAAUACAGCACCCUCAUUUUUAUCCUAAAUAUAAUAUAACUUAUGCUAGUAACUGUUGUAUCACUGUUGGUUUAAACUUGUGUUAACCAAGGGCUCUGACCAUACCGUGGAACCCUGUGUUAAGACACACACUGAGGGGACCACAAUUUAAUGCCCAAAACAGACCUUUUAUUGAAACCUUAUUAAUAUUAGAGAAAUGAAACAGGACAGAAGCAUCAUCAAACUUUACCAUCCCUAUUUCCAAGUGACGUAAGAUUUUUUGCGGUCCACUUGUCAGUACAAGUGUAUAGGGUGGUUUCACUGAAGAUGAAAUGCAAUUUGUAUCAGUCAAAAAAUGAUUAGUGAUAGUUAUCCAUUUAUCGAUUGGUUUUCAAAUAUCAGUCAUUGCACUCGUCAGGACAGUAGGAGAAAUGUUUGCAUUGGUACUUAUGCAGCUACUGAGUUACAAAUUGAUUUGUGAGCGUGCUAAUAAAUUACUAUUUUUCAUUUUUUAGUUUUACUAUGUGAACCAGUUAGUCAUAAGAUUUGGUGAAUACUACCGACCUGGCCAACUUGCAUUCUACAAGUCUAGCGAUUAUGGUCAGAGCUAUGAGCCAUGGCAUUAUUUUGUUUCAAAUGUGGAUGAUUGUCAGGAGAAGUUUGGUGUGACAUAUAAGACCAAACCAACUACAGUAAAUGACGUCCUUUGUAUGGAAUAUACAUCAGAAGCUGUUGAUAAGAAUGAUGUGGUAUGUUCUCAGGGUUCUCAAUAGAGGCCAGCGCCUGACGUUGGUCGCUGCCUACUUUGGAAUUUGUAGCUGCUUAGUUUGCAUGCUUUUUUAUUCCUUUCCCUCCCUAGUUUAUGGUCCCUCCGUUUGUCACAGCCACUUUAUAUUUAAGGUUGAGCAGACGCCUUUAUCAAAUCCUAUUGAGUGAGCACCUUGUGUUUUUUUACACAUAUGGCAAGCGCUCCCUCCGCCACUUGGGGUCCAAUCUCUGGCGAAAAUUAUCCCCAGACUUGAGAGAAGUUACCACCUUAAAAUGUUUCAAAAACAAAAUACGUACAUUAGAUAUAGUUACACUAAUGGAUAAUGGAUGCAAGUGUUGUCAUCUCUGCAAUUCAUAGACACAUUUGUCAUACUGUAAAUAUUGUUAAUGUCAUUAAUUUUUUUAUACCUGCGCCUAUAUUUAAAUAUUUUUUACUCUAAUUUAUAUUUAUUUAAUUUGUGUCCCCUAAUUAGCAUAGGUUUUUAACCUAAGCUAGGAAGCUUCUUUAGACACCUUAAUAAAGUUUCAUCAUCAUCAUCAUCAUCACACCUGUGAGCAGAGCCUCCUUUUGUCUUCUUGAUCGAGGAGGAGACGUGCAGACUCUGCCUGAAUCACAUCAAACCCGCAAGGUCGCCGCAGCCCAAACUUCUGGACCAGUUAAUCUUGUUUUCUUUUGUCUAAGUGGUUUGUUUGAGUGCGAGCAUCCGUUUAUUGAUAAACCGAUGGUCUUAACUGAACCCGCUGUAGCAAGCACAGGGCUAUUAGGCUUGAGUUCGAAACUACAUCCUAGCGACAGGUCACGCAUGCUCAACAAAGAUCUUACUUCAUACAUGCAGAGUCUUUCUUGAGUACUCCAAAAUUAAGUAAGCGAAGAAAAGGCUCUCCUGGCAGGGUGGUUCAAUUAUUGAGCAUAUUCUUUUUUGUUUUGGAUAUAAAUUAUUAGCAGGGUGCAAAGAAAGUCAGUUUUAUAGCUUGCCAUUUGGGCAAGAUGCAGCUAACGUGUAGUAGCCCAAAAGUCAUUUCAACCUGCCUGAAAAAAAUUUUCGAUGAGCAAGAUUGAUUACAAAUUAUUCCUCUGUAAUUUGAAUUCCCCAAAAAACCUCACUUGCCCAUUGGGCAAGUUAAGAACAGAAUUUACUAGCCCCAUAGUAAAAUCCACUAGCCCUGGGCUAUCAGUCACUACCUUCUUAGCAUAUUGUUUUAGUGUGAAUUUGAUCUCUUUUUAACUUCUACAUGGGCUUGUAAAAACUUUAAUUUGACCUUGUCCUUUGGGCAAGCAGCUCUCACUUUUUGCUUCUGGGGCCAUUUGUUACUCGUCUUAGUUGAUGAUUUUGUUGCUAGGAUGAUUUGCUUGGACACCUGCCCACUGCUGGCAAGUAAGCUUUAAAAGUUAGAUGCCCAGCAAAAAAAUUUACUUGUCGUGGACUGCUGGAUGGGACUUGGCCUGUUCUGCUAUGAAACUUGCAAAACCUUGAUCACCAGAGACAUUAAUUUGUGGAAUUUUGUUGUGUAACAUAAUGUAAGAAGAAAGCCAAUAAGGCAAGAGGAGACUAAGGCCUGGUUCAAACAUUGAAUUUCACAUGUGCCGAACUUAACACGAGAGUUAAAUGUAUGUGAAGUGCGAUGUUUGAAUCAAUUAAAUUUGACUGUUUAAAUUAAGUGCAAUGUUUGCCAUAUCUUAUCAUUUUCACAGAGAUUUCCACAUCAAUAACCUUCAGGUUGUUUUUCACAUUCAUUGGUUCUGAUCCUAAUGUCCUCCUUACCACCAGAAUCACCUUUGUCACAUCCUCACAUUUUUCAAACCUCUCUCACAAGAUACUUCUCAACUUUUUCAUCUUCCUUUUCUCUCACCCAUCCAUCCUCUGGAAUUGCCUUAUAUAUAAUUUGACAGUUCUUGUUUGUCUUCUUAAUGAACACUAUUGUUAUUAUUAGUAGUAGUAGUAGUAGUAGUAGUAUUAUCAAAUUUACUAUGCUCAUAAAGUUCUCUACCUUUCUUCCCAGAUAUCCUUACUGUUGGUUGGUCCCAGGGGAGAUGUUAAUAAUCCGUCCAAUGAUCUACUGGUUUGUAGAAAUGUCCUUUUGAUGUUGUAUGCAACCACUCAGAGCAGCCCUCCAAGUUAAAGUUUUUGCUUGGUCGCCAUUUGGUGACCAUUGGAGACUUUUUUACAAAUCAAGUUGCCAGCUUCAAAAUUUUAGGCACCAUGGUGACUAAAAUGAUUGCAAGUGGGAGGGUUGACUCAUAAGAAAAUUUACCAGCCCCUCUGCAGCCUAAUAAUUAAGGCACAACUGUUGUUUUGAGAGCUGAAGUUCUAAUGUCAGGAGACCAAUAAUCCUCUAGUAAGAGGGAGAAAAAACUGUAGCUGUUAAGAUUGCCUAACAAUGUAGUCAUUCUUUAAGCCAAUCCCAAAAAUGCCAAAAUAUACUGAUCCAUUGGAAGCAUUUCAAAUCGUUUGUACCAGUUGUGUCGACGAACAUUCAGUGAACCAUUGUUGAUGUGAUGAGCAUUGUUGAUCUGAAUUUUUGCUGGUUCAUGAGAAAAUUCAUAUGCAUAUUGAUAUACAUGUAUCGACUUCUUGUAAUAAUAAAGUACUCAAGUGACUCAAAUAAUCAUCGGUUGUAAAGAAAUUUCCACAUGAUGAUAUUUUGUAUAACUGUUUUGUUUAUUUUAAACUAUUUUAGGAUUGGAUGAAUGUGACCAAUGUCCGUUUGCACUUUUUAUCACUGAGACGGAUCUUUGACGGUCUGGCUGUCAGAUGGGUAUGAAUCAUAAUAAUGAUAAUUAACCUUUAUGUGUUCUGUUGUAAUACAGAGACUUUUUAUCAUCAAGAAAACUAAACUGUAGUUAAAAAAUUUUGCCAACCUUACUAUUAAGCUUCUGAACCCUAAUCUCAGCACACUGGUACCCAUUAACAUAAUUAUUUUGUGCUUGAUGAUGAGAAUUUGUUGAACAGAAAAGAGUUACAGGUGUGAAGUUGCCAGCUAUUAGCUUUGUAUUUACUUGGUGAUAAUUCUCUUAAGCAGUGAUAUUUUAAGAAGAAAGUAAAAAUGCUGGUCACUUUUUGGGUUAAAAGGGUGUACUGUUUUUUUCUUAAACAGCACCACUAUGCUGUACGGGAAGUUGAGGUUGAUGCCUACUGCUUGUGCAAUGGACAAGGAAAUGGAUUGCAGUGUGUUUAUAAUGCCACACUUGGAGAUAAUCAGUGCACAUGUCAGGAAGGUGCAUGCGGCUUAGACUGCGGAACCUGUUGUCCUGCUUACAAUCAGUAUCCAUGGCAACGUGGAAACAAAGGCCCUCUUGUAGCUGACCCAGAUGCUAGAUGUCAGCGUAUGUUGUAACCUUACUUUUGGCAUUUUUAAAUCCAAGUUCACGUUCAUUUUUUACACUUGCGGUUAGGGUCUUGAAGGUCAAGGCUUGACUGACAGACAUCGUGAUAAUAACUGACCAAUCAGGGCACGGUUCCUCGAAAGAUGAUUAAGAAUAACCCAGGAUUAAGCCAAAGUUUAAGCAAGGUUUUCUUGUCUAUGAACAUGCAACUGUCACAGCUUAAAAAAGACAAUUCGGCCUUUACUCCAAGAUGCAGUAAUGAUAGCACAAAAUGUUACUCUAAGUAAUACUUAGGAAGGAAAAAUACAAAAACAGAUCAACAUUUUAAAUCCUUGAUUAGGACUAAUCUCCCUUUCAGAAAACGGGCCCAGGUCAACGAUAAUUGUUACCAUAAAGAGAACUGACAAUAGACAAAUAACUUUGACUCUAAUAAGACUUUUGCACAGGUUUUCUAAAACACUUGUCACUGUCAUCAACAGUCGUGAUCAUGGUUACACUCCUGGGCUGUUGUUAGUAAGUUAUGAAGCAGUGUGUGGUAGCAAGUGAGGUUUCAACUAUGACAUUUCUGAAGAAAGCACUUAUUAGUGUGUUCUUGAGCUUUCCACUUUGAUCACAGGUAACAUCGAGUAACUGGUGAGCUCAGCUGUCAGCUCAGCUGCCAACUUAUCAAAACUACUUAUUUUAACUUUGUUAAAAUAAGACAUAUUUUCUUUUCUCUCCAGUGUUAAGUAAGGUACAUUUGGGUCUGGUGUCAAAGCAAACUAAAUUGUUUUAUUUUUCUGCAGGUUGCAACUGUCACAACCAUAGUGCAGUGUGUGUAUAUAAUGAAACUGUCGCUCAGAUGAAUAAGAGCUUAGACAUUCAUGGAAAUUAUUCUGGUGGAGGAGUCUGUCAAAACUGCCAGGUAAUAAAAACUAACACAUACAUGCAUUUUGAAAGUAUAUUACAGUUUGCUGGAUCAUGAAAACUAAUAAGUUAACUGUUAAAUAACUCUUCUUUCCUUUAGGAUAAUACUGAAGGAAUCAACUGUGAAAAGUGUACACCAUUUUUCUUCAGACCAAGCAAUAAAUCUCGCUGGGACAAAGAUGCUUGUCAAGGUAGUCCAGUUACAGUGGAGAUUGCAUUACAGUGUUUGUCACUUGACAAAGUUUUUGAAGUCUUUCUGACAUGUUUUCCAAACAUUUUUGAGAACAUCUGCUAGGUUCAUUAUAUACAGUUGUCAAAAAUAACUAUGUAAAAAUUAUAUAACAAUAGCUAGUAGUAACUGAAAAUUAGGGGAGUGCGUCUGACAGUGAUUUCACUGAACCAUUCACAUGAUUUUUGUGCAAAGAAGGCUAAAAAUUGAAACUGAGGCAGAAUGUAGAUACCAGCUUCUGGUCGAGAAAAAGCCCCUGAAAGAUUUGAUAGUAUUGUUUUGGUGUAUACAGGGUACAAAGAAAAUCAUUUUUACAGCUUGCCAUUCAGGCAAGCUGAAGUUAGCAUUUACUAGCCCAGAUGUCAUUUCAACUAGCCCCCGAAACCUUUUGACUAGCAGAAUUGAUUUCACGGUUUUUCUGUUAUUCAAAUUCCUAAAAAAACAUCACUUGCCCGUCGGGCAAGUUAAAAACAGAAUUCACUAGCCCAAUAACAAAAUCCACUAGCCCUAGGCUAUCAGACACUACUUUUUUUGCACGCUGUUAUAAUGUUAUAGAGUCUCCUUCUGUAUUACCUUGUAUCUUCAACAGGAGAAUUUGAAAUUAGAUCAGUAGUCCCUUGGGGCCCUAACACUUUGGACCCUAUCAAGAGUAUCAAAAUUUAAAUUCUCAUUUGUCACCCCUAUACAUUCCCUAUAUAAAUAGUGGAGGGAAGUAGAUCAAGUAUAUAAAAAAAUUAAUGUUGUGUGGUCGUGUCCUUUAAGGGUUAUAUUAACUAAAUAUUUUCAUUAACAUGAUGGCUGAACAAGAGAUCAAGAAUGUUAUUUCACCGACACUUAGAGCUAUUUUAGUAAUGUUCAUUACUUUUUGAAAUUUGUAGCUCUUUCACUGCAGUAAUAUUUUUGUUGUUUUUUUGGACAGAGUGUAAUUGCAGUGUUGAAGGAACUAGAAAUGUAACUCUCCCAGGAGUUUUGUAUCGAGACUGUAUAAGAGAUGACACAGUUGUUCCCCCUCAUCCUGGAAUGGUAAGCUAUGAUAAUGAAGUGAAAAAAAACCAAAAACAAAAGAAAAUCCAUAAAUUGUACCAAAUACCUUCAUUGAAUUGUACCGGUAAAAUAAUUAGCCUACCUCAGGAAGAUAUCCCUUAGAGCACAACCUUGGUAAGUUGUCCAGUGCUCCUGCUUUCUGAUCACGCAUUUGUGUAUUCUUGAGACCCACUUAAGGUAAAAAUUCGGACAAGUGACAUGGGCUUGAAACCGCAACAUAAGCACAAAAUUUAAUGAAGCAGUUACAGGGCUUCUGAUAUUUCGCGCGGUCACGGAGCCACGAGAUUCAGGUAAAUCCGUGAAAUCCUGCGAAAUUCACAAAAACACGAAAAAUACUGCAAAAUUCGGAAGAAAUCUUAUCAAAUACAUGUCUGUACGACAUAUUUGAAACUUAUUUCAGCUAUAGGGGCUAUUUACUUGCCGUAAACGUGCAAAUUUAUCUUGGAACUUCAUCACUGAAACGUCCUGAAACCACCAGGCAUAGAUUAUGUUGCGAAAAACUGGGCACUAGCCAUGAUGUUAAAGGCUUUGCCAUUGGUUCAUUUCUGGAACAUAUUGUUGUUGAAAGAGCAAAGGAUGACCUCUGUUAGAAAAACGUUAAAAUGCUGGUCUGAUCAGUGCAAAACCGAUCGAUUUCUAGCGAAAUUUGCCCUGAAAACAGCCACAAAAUCGGCCGUUUUUUACCGAUUGCUUUUUAGUGAAGUUUGCCCCGAAAACUCCUGCGAAAUCGGCCGAUUUUUCCGCGAAUUUGUCCCUAAAAAUCCCGCGAAAUUUUACUUUUUCUUCCGCGACCUAUCAGAAGCCCUGUAGUUAGAAAUGACGGAAGGGUGGUUUGAAACUGUGAUAGCAAGGAGAAAGAUCUCAAAUACAUAAGUAAAAUUUCUGCUUCCUCCUCAAUGCGAUAAACAACAGCUUUUGUAAUUUAGACUAGAGACAUGCAUACCCCCUCCUACACCCCUAACAGGGACUCAUAACAGAGCUUGCAGCUUAAUCUAUUUUGUCUUCAAAGUGCUACCUACUUCAUUAAAAAAAUCUUACUCUCAAAAUUCUUAAUUAAUGUAUUCAACAUAGCUGCCCAGGGAGUAAAUAUUAUUACAUUAAUAUAUGUUGUGGUUAAUAAUUUUUAUCUUUGGUUGAAAUUUUAUUUUUCUUAUUGUUUCAAACUCAUUAUCAUACAUUACCAUACCCCCAAAAUGAAGGAAAAUAAAGUGUAGGCCAAGGAUAAAAUUUAACCACAACAUGUACAUAAAGACAUCUGGGGUCAUAGUAGGCUGCACUGAAUUUUUUCAGGGACCUGGUGACUGUAUCUGUAAAAACAACACCAUGGGAAGACGGUGUGACCUCUGUAAACCUGGUUACCACAAUUUAUCAGCAGAAAAUCCUGAGGGGUGUCAAGGUAAUAAUAUGAUAUGAUUAUAUAUUGUUAAUUAAUUAUUGUUACUUACCGCAGCUGAGUGCAAUGCAUAACCUCGAGUGUUAAACAAAGAGUGCAGUACACUGACUGAUGUCAUUAUUAGAAAAUAUCUACCUGACAGUUCUCUUUUCUUACAGGAGAAAAGUUUUAUUUGGCUUUUAUGUGAAUGGUUGUCUGAGUGGUUAAAUGGUGGAAGGAAAGAGGAGGAACUGGGGUUUUAAUAUUGCAUUCUUUGUAAUUUUAGAAUGUACCUGUCAUCAGCCUGGAACAGUGAAUGGAUCCAAUGUUUGUGAACCUGAUAUACAUGGUCGCUGUACAUGUAAGAAGAAUGUUGAAGGACCCCGCUGCUUAAGUUGUAAAGACAUGUUUUAUGGCCUCAGUGCAGAUAAUAUGAAUGGCUGUUCAGGUACUUGUCCUUUGUGAAAUGAAUAAAGUCAGCUGUGUGGGUUAUACAGAAGAAUUUAGUCGGUGUCUCUCUGAAUAUGCGCUGGUCGAUAAUUUAGAAGUUUGGCAUCCUGAUAUGCUAAAGGAAUUAGUGCUGAUCUGGGCAUGGAAGGAAACCUAUCCUUUAUUCCCUCAUCUGCUAUCUGACUUGUGAGCUUUUAGAACUACUGCAGUUUACUGCAUUACAAAGGUGCUUAUUAAUACAUGUAAUAUUUUGCAGGUGUUUUUAACAAGAUGGCUUUAAUAGAAUUAUUUUCUGUUAGCAAGUCAAAAGUGGUGACUGGGUUCAGUACAGUGUAGUUGUAAAAGGGGAUUCCUUUACUAAAACAAAAGAAUGUAUAAAUGACACCAUCUUAAAAAUGUAAUAAUGCUGUAAUUCUUAAAUUCAAUUCUCUUUUAAGAGUGUGACUGCGAUGUUGGGGGUUCAUAUGGUCCAGUAUGUAAUAAGACAACUGGUCAGUGUGAAUGCAAAGGGAACAUAACUCAGCGACAGUGUAACAGGUGAGAAGCAUAACUAUGAAUCUAAAAAUAAAUGAACAAAAUAACGAGAAGUUAAAAAGUACAUGUACCCAAUUAAUUUUGAGGAGGAUGAACUAGCUGCUUUAUUUCUGUUUCUUAAGAUUAAAAUGAGUUGCAAAGUGCAUGUAGUCAAUUUAGUUUUACCUUUUGAAAUAACUCUGAAUAUGAAAUACAUGUAUAAAGUACAUAUAAUAGUUUUGUUUUAUUAUUGUCUUGUAUUAUCCAUUCAAAGAGCAUUUACCAGUCAUCACUGGUAAGAUGACCUUUGUACAAGUUUCUCCCUUGGGUCAUGCCUGAGUCAUAUUGAAGCAUGCACUGUGUAACAGUACACAACUUUCAGGAAUGGCCAGGGGUUGGAGAUUUCCCCCAGUUACUAUGAGCAUGACUCCUGGCUACUUUACAGGAAACAAAAGGAAAAUAGAGCCAAAGGAGCUUCCCAGCUACCUAGCCAUUCCCUUACUCAUUUACUAAUUGCAUAUGCACAGCAACUUGAAAUCUUAGUGAUGGAGCCCUGACAGGGUGCCUGUAGCUUCACCAACCAUAUUGCAUUGUCCUAGUCCAGUUUUCUCCUUCCUCUCCCCCUUCUCUCCCUGUUUCUAUCGCUUGUCAAGUUUUUGUGAUGGGUGCCUGGAUGCCUUCCAUGGUGGCUCAACUGAUGGCUUGGUUGUAGGGAUUGCUCUCCAUGGGAGUGGCACUCAGGGGUCUAGGGGCUGCUGACUGGCUGGCCUCCAGUGUACACCAACCUCCAUUUAGCAUGUAAUGCGGUUAAGUCAACUUGUUAAUUAAAGGAUGUGUUUCUUUUUUUUUUGUUAGCCCUCGAGAUGGAUUCUACUACCCAACUCUGCACUUCAUCAGUAGUGCAAGCUCACAUAUAGUUACAUCCCAACAGGUAUGAGCAUUUAUCAGGUUUACAUUAUUUUAAUUGUUGAUGCUAACAUGCCGAUGUAUCCCAACAUUAGCUGGCAAAAACCCAAUGACAUUAUCCACAAUAUUGUUCAAUUUUUUGUGUUGUAGGGAAAUAAAACGUGGACAACAACAGUGAACAUUGUUCAAGGAGUUAGGUCCAGUGGCUUGUUUACUCUUAUUCUCUCCUACACGAGUGCUUCAAGUGUUGUUGUAGAAAUCAGUACAGGAUCUAGAUCUGCUGAGGUGUCCCUCAGUAGCUGUCCUCAGCGCUGUUAUUUCAACUUGUCAACACUGUUUGGAGAAAUGUCUCUCAGAGGUUCAGUUGUUGUAAAUGUGACCUAUGGAGCAUCUGUAACUCAGUUUACAGCACUCAAGAUAGUGGCCUUACCACGAGAAUUUUAUCAGCCAUCAAUACUUCAGAACUCAACAGGAGAGGAUUUCUUGGCCAACUGUUCGGUCAUAGACAAUGACAUGGGAGUUGGGACUGACAGGGAAGAGUUUUGCCUUGCACAAGUUUUCUCCCUUGUAGUCAGUUAUCUUGGGAGAGCUUUGCGUAAGUUCAUCAUGUACCAGAAAUUGAAAUAUUAUAGAAUGAUCUUUAUUUUUAAACUACAGUAUAUCUUGAGCGAUCUUGGUAGAAUCUUCAGAAGUUAAGUUUUGUCAAGAUUUUAUGUCUUAUUUAUAAUUUUAUGUAUUUUAUUAGUUUUUAAACCCCCAAUAAUACACCUUGUUCACCCUCCAAAUUUUGCACAAUUCAUUGUUUUCAAACGUUGUUGGGAAUAUGCAGCCCUACCAUUCCAGCAAAAUUUGACAGCAAUCGUUCAUGUUAAAUUUGGGGGGCAAAUAGAGUGUAUUAUGGCCCAUGGGAAAAUAGACUUCUAGAAUACAGUUGUCACAUUCACUAAAUGUAUAAUUAUUUGCAUACUUUUUCUUACAUUGCUACAUGACUGUAACUAAAUAUUUCUGUUAUUCUUGCUUGAUCAUUGCUUGUAGCAUGUGAGUGUGAUGGAACUGGUUCAGUAAACAGUACAUGUCAGAAGUACGGGGGUCAGUGUCAUUGUAAGCCUGGAGUAACGGCAAGGACCUGUAACCAGUGUAUUCCUGGAUUCUAUAAUUUUUCCUCACAGGGUUGUUCAGGUAAGAUAUUAAAAUCUGAAUAAGUUAGUUGUCUCACUUGCAGUUAUUAUACACAUUGAAAACUCACUCUUUACAGUGCAAUUAGACAAUAUGAAGGUUCCAUUUGAUGGCCUGGGGCUUUGGCAGCUACAAAACACAGGUCACAAGUGCAUGUCAGUGGCACUCUAUUGAUAGAUAUGAAACUGAGAUAAGUAGUUUCCCCUUAGAUUUCAGAUUGUGAUUAGGGCUAAUAUCAGACAUUUUUAGUGUUGUUUAUUCGCCGUGGAACAGUGACUUGUGACCUGUAACCUGUGACCUGCUAUUUGUAGCUGCCACCUGGGCUAAAGUGAUUAGCUAGUUUUUGGGGAUUGGUAUAGUUGUCUCUAUGUUUAGUUAAUCAUGCACCAGUGAAAAAGUGGAUAACUGGUUUACAAUGCACCUUGGUCAAUCAGAUGAUCGAGUAAUACUAAACUACAGGAUGGAAUAUUAAUUUUUUUGAGUGAUAUGUUUUUGUUUUUGAAAGCUUAAUGACUGACUGAAAAUUUGUUUUGCUAAUUUUUUUCAGCUUGUGGUUGUGAUGGAGAAAACAAAGUUUGUGAUUCCAGCACUGGGCAAUGCGUGUGUCCUCCUAACACUGUGGGUCGUACAUGUGGCCAGUGUAACUACACUUACUGGGGAUGGAAUGAAACUGUUGGUUGUCAGGUAAUGUAUUUAUCUUCUUCCAAUUUGACAUGCCCAAUGGUGAUGCAGUAGUUCACAUUGUUCCACAGAUAAAGACAGAAACUUAACAAGUAAGAAUGCCAACUGGCCUGAUUUGCCUAAUAUGGCUAAAUGUAAUUUAAUUAGGCGAGGUUAAACACUGUUAAGGACAAUUCAUGUUGCUCGCAUUUCCAUUUGUGUAUGGUCAUUUGGGCCAUUUUAAGGAUAAGGAGUUGAAUUCAGGACUACCAAGAACAACUCCAGCUAGCAGCCAGAUAAGGACUGCAGAGUUGUAGUGGUGUAGCUUCCUAAACCCAGGCUCCAUCAUGCUGCCUCGAUCUGUUGGAAUUGCUCAGAUUACUGUAAUGUAUUUAUUUAUUUCUCCUUAAUAGGCAUGUAACUGCAGUACAAUUGGAUCGAGUAAUCUCCAGUGUAAUCUCACCUCGGGAAUUUGCAGGUAAAGUGAAUUACUGAUCAUCUCAAACUCUUGAAACCCCAUGCUAAAGUUGCCUUUCUUUGUGAGACUUUUGAAUGCCAUCCUUAUCAAGGCCUCUUUAUUUUCCCAAUUCAGCCACACAAAAAAUAUAUAAAUAUUAAAUUAUUUUUUAGAACAAUCAUACAAUCUGGGAAUCCUGUUAAUAUUUUCAACUGACAUUUACACAACUGUAAUGACCAUCCAAACAAACAGAAAGAAGCAAAUUAAAACGAGUGAUAAUUUAUAGAAAGCUGCUGGAUAGACGUACAAGUAUGCGGAAGGAUCUUUUUGUGUAAGAUGCUCAGCUUGAAGGCCAGCUCUCGUUGCUGACUUAAGAUAAGAUGUCCUUUCUUCACAUAUUUCUGUUUAUGUUUGACAGCUGUAAGCCAGGAGUGCAGGGAGAUAAGUGUUCAGAGUGUAUGGAUGGCUAUAAGAAUUUCUCCAGUCAGGGUUGUUCAAAUUGUUCCUGUGAUGGUAGAGGUAGUCUGAGUGAAGUGUGUGAUAAGCCGUCCGGUCAGUGCCCUUGUAAGGUGAGUUUCCCUUUGGGCAGGCUUUAAAAGUGACUUUCUUUGCACCUUGAUUACUUCAUCUCUUUUAUUAUCAUUGUUGUUUAAUUUUUCUUCAGAACAACUCUGCUGGUUUGCUGUGUAAUGAGUGUAAGAGUGGAUUUUUCUAUCUGACAAGUAGUAAUCCCCAGGGAUGUACAAACUGUGUCUGCAUGGGAAUCAGUUCAAACUGCAGUAGCACAAUGGAUUAUAGAACACAGGUAGUUGUUAUUAUUUGUUAGUUUUUUUUUUCUUGAAAGUUGCUGGUAAUUCCUGAAAGACUUGAAGAGGUUGUUAAAAAUUGAACCAUGAUUUCCAAGAGUCCUUUUUCAAGCAUUGAUUCAUCUUUGACUUCUUCUGUAAACUAUCAUCUUCUUUGCCAUAGAGAGAGGUUGACCUUGGUGUUUGGAGUUUGGUAUCAGCAGCUGGUUUUCAGAGCUCUGUUCAACUAUCUGAAGUUUCUGUCAUGGUAAAGUUUUUCAUUGUUGGAUUUUCUAUUAAUGUUAAUAAGUCACCUGUGUUGAUGUUUUUUAUAGUGUAUUUCUUAUACAGAGUUCCUGUGGCACAUUAUGAAACAAAACCUCUUGCUAAGUCCGUCUACAAGCAAGCACCAAAUUAAUUGUUCUUGCCCCCCUUUUUUUACCACAACUUGAGUAUGUGACAUGGUUGGUCUGUUAAAAAAACCAUUGCACUUCUGGUAAUUCGUUGAGCCCAUUUGGGGCCCAGACAAGGAAUCAGUCCUGACUUGCAGGCAGGUUACUUUUGUACAGUUGUAUCUCAAUGUGAUUGACACUUCACCAUCUGUAUAAUACAUGUAUCUUGCUUUAUGUUUGUAGAAUGUGAGAAUGAUUGCUGCAAACAUCUCAACCAAUGAGACCCUCUACUGGAAAGCAGCAUCAAACUUCACUGAUCACAGUUUGGUAAGAUUACACCUCAGAGGUUUUUUUACAUGCUCAAGCAGGUAUUCUUUGAAAAAAAUUGUCUCAAACUUGACUGGACAGAUCUUGUUCGAAACAUCUGCCUGGGAAUUUUUCAUCAUUUUGCUGUUGUUGUUUUUGUUGCAUAGGAAGACAUUCAUUUUCUGCAUAUAAUCAUUUGACUGUUUUUAGGUUGAUGCUUAUGGUGGAAACCUGAGUUUCAAAUUGUAUUUCAAGGAGUUAUUAAAUGGAACACUACACUUAUCACAACCAAAGGUUAUUCUGAAGGUAAAGUCAGGUUAUCAUGUUAAUAGUAGUGGAGCAAAUGAAAGAUACAUAGUGAAGGAUCAUGGGUCUAAGUUUUUUUUGAGUCCAUGUUUCACCUAAUAAAAGGGUAGUAUGUUGUGAAAGAAGGUGAAGUGGUAUAAUUUUCUGGGUAUUUUGCUCGCCUGUGACUUUCAUCUACACACUUUAAUUUACACCUGGUAUUUAUUUGUCUGCAAAUGCUGCUAUAGUCUGCAGAAUGGUCAGGGUUUUAUUAUUAAAGCAUCUGCAGGGCAUUGGUUAUUUGACUUUCAUCGAAUGAGUUCUCACAAUUUUUUUUACAGGGAGUCAAAAACAUCUCAAUUGAGCAUGCUCUAAUGUCUGUGCCAGCUGACCAAGUAGCCACCAGAACAAUAUUGAUGAAAGAGGUAGGUAUUUAAAUUAUAUGUACAUGAAGCUGAAUGUGUACUUUAUGUCUUUCACCUUCAAACCAUCUUUUGUUUUCUUUAUUUUUUUUUGCAGAGUUCUUGGUCUUAUAGUGGAAGUUCCACACCAGUGACAAGGGAAGAGUUUCUUCUUGUCUUGGCAAAACUUCAAGGGUUACAUAUAACAGCAUCAUUUUACUCUGACGGACAAGGUUUCUACCUUACGAGGUAGAUUGAGCUAGGAUAAUUUGCAUUUGACUUGCAUGUUUAUACAUUUUACAUUCUGGAAUAUUAUGUUGAGAGUACUUACAGGUCAUUUAAAUGUGAAAAAUGUUAUUAUAAAUUAAAUUAAAUAAAAAUAAUAAAAUAUUAUUCUAAGAGUUAAACAAUAAGCUCUUAUUGACUCAUCGCAAGGGAAUCAGUUGAUUUUGUGAAGCUGAGGGCAACAUAUCCAGAAACUCCAUUUGAAAUACAGUCAAACUCUCACCUCUACGCAACUGCCUUUUUUUUGGCAGAUAGUCCUAACAUUCACUGUUGUUUCAACCUCUCUACGAUGGCUACUUUCUUCUGUCCCCAAAGUGGACGUUGUAGAGAGGUUCAACUGGAUAUGUGAAAACAAUGUAAUUCCCUUGCCUUGUCACAAAGGUGAAAACCAGGGAUAAGUAAGUCUUCAACAAAUGCAUUAGAACUGGUCUAAACUCCAAAAUGCUAAUAAUAUAUUAUCCUGUCACUUGCAUGUUAAUCUGCAUGUUAUUAUCAGUAAGCACAAACUAAAGAACAAUGUUGUUUGCAGUCUUGGUGACUUCAAAGUCGCUGAUGUAGGUCCUGCACCAUCUGUUGCGGGCAGAGCUUACGAUGUUGAGCAGUGUAACUGUGGACAGGGAUAUUCUGGAUUGUCUUGUGAGGUAAGUGAGUUUUAAAAAAUAGUUACCAUAGUUCUAAACAACUUCCAUUCUUCGGGAAAAAUGUUAUGGUGAUUGAGGUUCUAUAUCAUUAAAAUGAUUUAUGUUAAUAUAAUAAAGGCAUACUUGCCGUGGUGACCCUCAGGGAGCAGAAAUGGUGAUGAGAACUGGAGGAGACUGUUUACAGGAAUGGUUUUUGUAAACAGCGAGUUAGGCUCGAUUAGCAGCUGCUUUUCGGAAAAUGAGCUGCCAUGCUCCUCCCCUGAGGAGUCUAUUCUCGUGAAGGACUGGGAGAGCGGGAGAAAUUGAGUUUUGUGGAAAGUUUAAAUGGUAUUUUGUCAACGCAUCUUCCGUUCUUGCUGGUACUUGCAACAGCAUUAUACCGAGAGCAAGAAAAGAGAACAAAGUAAGCAUUUGCCCUGUUUUGAAUAGUGUGAGAGCACUGCAGAACUUACUUGAAUAUGUUACAAACAAAUUAUACCAACUUGAGGUUAAUCUUGUUAAAAUAAUACAAUCAUUUGCUCCUUAUGUAAGGAGAUCACACCAGCACUAGAUACCCAGUAUUAUAUAUUUUGUUGUUCAGCGUGUUAUCAUUUAUCUUAAAACAGCGUUGUGCCAGGGGCUAUCACAGAGUGAAUGUAUCAGGGGACUUUUAUCUUGGAAAGUGUGAGCGGUGUAACUGCAAUGGACAUUCUGAUGAUUGUGACCCUGCUACUGGACAGUGCUUGGUGAGUGAAACUUUUCUCCUCUAACUUGAUAGGAGGACGUUUCUUUAAGAUGUACUUCUUUAAUACUUAUUAUGGGUUAUUCUGUUAACUUUGCUGAAAUAGUCAGUUUAUUGUAAGCAUCUGCUUAAAUUUCUCAAGUGUUGAAUCGAAACAAUUGAAUUUCCAUUUUCGGGGUUGGUUUCUCUUGUGCUAAAUUAAACAUGCUGCAAUCAGCAACAAAAUAAGUUGAGAUGUACUUUGCCCUAAAGGGGAGGGCCUCUCUGACAUUUUGCCAACUUAAAAAGGGGAAAAUAAAGCUUUCCCUCCCCCAUCCCCUUCGUGCAUGUGCCACUCUUCAAACUACCUGUUGGAAACGGCAAACACCCCAACUUUANAAAAGAGAACAAAGUAAGCAUUUGCCCUGUUUUGAAUAGUGUGAGAGCACUGCAGAACUUACUUGAAUAUGUUACAAACAAAUUAUACCAACUUGAGGUUAAUCUUGUUAAAAUAAUACAAUCAUUUGCUCCUUAUGUAAGGAGAUCACACCAGCACUAGAUACCCAGUAUUAUAUAUUUUGUUGUUCAGCGUGUUAUCAUUUAUCUUAAAACAGCGUUGUGCCAGGGGCUAUCACAGAGUGAAUGUAUCAGGGGACUUUUAUCUUGGAAAGUGUGAGCGGUGUAACUGCAAUGGACAUUCUGAUGAUUGUGACCCUGCUACUGGACAGUGCUUGGUGAGUGAAACUUUUCUCCUCUAACUUGAUAGGAGGACGUUUCUUUAAGAUGUACUUCUUUAAUACUUAUUAUGGGUUAUUCUGUUAACUUUGCUGAAAUAGUCAGUUUAUUGUAAGCAUCUGCUUAAAUUUCUCAAGUGUUGAAUCGAAACAAUUGAAUUUCCAUUUUCGGGGUUGGUUUCUCUUGUGCUAAAUUAAACAUGCUGCAAUCAGCAACAAAAUAAGUUGAGAUGUACUUUGCCCUAAAGGGGAGGGCCUCUCUGACAUUUUGCCAACUUAAAAAGGGGAAAAUAAAGCUUUCCCUCCCCCAUCCCCUUCGUGCAUGUGCCACUCUUCAAACUACCUGUUGGAAACGGCAAACACCCCAACUUUACAUGGAGGGGAGGGGGGUGUGGAUUGCUUUGUUCUCUGAAGUUACCUCAUUUCAUUUUGUCGCGGAUUGUAGCUGUACAGUUGUGUUGUUAAUGCUAAGGAAAGCUAAGUAUGUCGGUUUCCUGACAGAACUGUCUUCACAAUACCACUGGCUUUCAUUGCGAGAUCUGUUUAGAUGGAUUCUAUGGUAACGCUACUGAUGGGACCCCUGGGGACUGCAAGAAAUGCCCCUGUGAAAGUCCAAGAACUACAACGUGAGUAUUUUGCGCUUUAUUUAUAGACUGUAAUUUCAUAUUUCUUGGGUUAUAGCUUUUGACAUUUCUGCUUUAGCAUGUACUCAUUCAUCAAACUGUCAUUAGCAUUAAUCAUUGGGCUUGUGCAGGUUCUUGUUUUGUUAGCUAGUUUUGUGGCUUAAAGAAAAUAAGAAGCAGCUUCUCAAUUUUUUUCUCAAAUUUUCACAGUGAUAUUCGGCAUAAAUACCACAAGUGAUGUUUCGAAAUUGCUUUACGUAAUUUCACUCGCCUAUCGGCUCGUGAAAUUUGAGACAAUUUUGAAAUGUCACAUGUGGUAAUUAUACCAAUAUCACUGUAUACUACUACCCGCAAAAGGUUUGAAAUUUUCACACGCAGGUAUUUUAAAUUAAGCUGAAAUACCAUUGCUCUAAGCCUAUCAAAUUGAAUAAAUUUCUCAUUUAGUAGUAUAAACGCUGAAAUUUCGCACCAAAAUUAAGGAGUAAUUUGUCACCCAUGAUAUUACUAUAGUAAUUGUUGGAGUACAAAUCUGUCUGUUCCAGAUCCCUUUGUGUGGGUGAUGCUGAUGGUCAACCCAGGUGUCUUAAUUGUUCUGAGGGAUAUCAGGGCGAUAUUUGUGAAAGGUAAGAAUUUCAAAGUAAUUUGUGGUAAACUCCUGGUCUGUAUAAGUGCUACUCAUAGCACUUGAUUUGUAUCAUCUUUUUAGAGAUCAAAGCAUUGAUACACGUGUAUUACAUGUCAUUCUUGUGGACAUAGAAUGAAUGGUUUCAGAAAAUAACCACAACCCACUUUCAUGAUCUACCCAGUCAAAGUGUUUUUUUAGCUGUAUGCAGGAUGACCAAAGCAGGAGGCAGCAAUGGCUUAAACUUGUGUGGUUUUCAUUUAAUGGUAUUAAACUUAAGUGUUGAGUAGCCGGCAAAUAUUCCACUGGAAGCGGAAAACUUGUUAGCUCAUUUUGACUGGGCUGUUCACCGCAAAAUCCUUCUGUUUUCCCCCUUAAACGUGCUUUUUAAAAAACUUUGAAGUCCCCACUCGCUGUUGGUAUUGCCAAGGUGUAUGUAUGCACGUUGGUCACAAUCACACAGUACCCAGAUUAGAAGUUGUGUUAUAUUUCAGCUGUGUGGAGGGAUUCUUUGGUGAACCUAUGAUCCCAGGAGGAAACUGCUCAAGGUGUCAGUGUAACAACAACUCGGAUGUGUGCAAUACAACAACUGGAGAAUGUCUUAACUGUCAGUACAACACUACUGGAUCUAACUGUGAACGCUGUGAGAAUGGAACAUGGGGUAAUGCCACACAGCAGCAAUGUCAAGGUAAACUGAUCUAGCGGAAUAAAUUGUUUAGAAUCUUGUUCGGCCGUUAAAUUAAGUUAUAAUGAGCUGCCAUUGUAGAUUAGUCUUGAGAGAAAUCUGGGAACCCAUGCCCCGCACGUAGCAUAGGUGACCAUAGGUUCCCCCCCCACCCUACCCAGAUUUUACGUGGCUUGCUUCAUAAACCAAGGUGAAGGUUACAUGAUGAAACAUGGCUACCUUGGAAAGAUGACCAACCCACAAAUUUUUAGUGUAAAAAAACUGAGUGACGCGCUAUCAGAACAAUUAAUGGCUAAACAGGGAAUAGCGGAGUUUGUUUUGGCACCUCUUCGUCGUUAAUGACUGUUUUCCUUUGAUGAACGCUACCUUAAUACCUUAAUUAGUCAUGUUAAUUUACCUCACUUCUCGUGUAUGUAAACUAUAUUUUUUCUUUCCAGCUUGUACCUGUGACGGUAUUGGUGCGUUCCACAACGUUUGUAAUCACGUGACUGGCGACUGUGUAUGCAAGCCUUACGUGACAGGAAUGAACUGCUCAGCAUGCCAGGUAAGGAAUAGAUAAUAUUAUUAGGAAGCAGGGUUUUCGGUAACAUUUGGAAUUGCCGGAUGCAGGGGUUUAGCUGCUGGAUUUGCACCGUUCGUGCAGGAAGAAAAAAAAACCGUUGAAAGGUCUAUUAACACCUAAUAUAUUGCUGUAUAGUUCAUAUUUUAGACGUCCGUUAAGCCUUUUAAAAAAGAUAAUUCUUGCAAAUGUACUCUCUUGCAGCCGAACAGUUACAACUUUACCUCAAGUGGCUGCAUGGCGUGUGGUUGCAACGAAUUUGGCUCAAAUUCACUUCAGUGUAAUGAUUCAGGAAUCUGUGAGUGCAAAAACCACACCCUUGGCGUAAAGUGUGACUUAUGUGAGUGGGGAUUCUUUGGGCUUCCUAAUGCCACAUGCCAAGGUAGGGAAUUUUACUGUUUCUUUUCUUACAUGUAUUAACUUUGCUAAAUCCAUUCGGGUUAUUGUAACUUUUAUUUUAUGUACAAUUUUUGGAUGAGGACGCAGACAGUUUUUUGUUAUAUGAUAAUUUCCAGAAUGUGGUUGCAAUGAGACUGGUUCUAACAACUACACAAGGUGUGACCGCAGCACAGGCCAGUGCUACUGCAAACCAGGCGUAACAAACCGACUUUGUGAUCAGUGUUCGAUACAGCACACGAACUUCUCAGGAAACGGCUGUGAUCGUAAGUACAACAAAGCGUAAAAGCUUUAUUACUGUACAUGAACCGUACAUGAACUGUGAAUGACUAUGGUUUGAGGAUAUUGGCAGUGUAUUAGUGAAAAGUUUUGUUCUCCACAAACCAAGUCUGACUUGCAAUGUGUCCUCAACAAAGACAGUAGCUAAUCGAGUAGAAAAACAAAGCCUCUCACUCAGACGUUUUUUUGGCUUGUCACGCAAUCCUCCCCAAAUCGUGACGAAGUCCUACGUAUUUAACAGUGUUCUGUUACCCUCUGACCUUAUAUGUGGGCGAGAGACAGUGUUAGUGGAGAUGCCAUGUGACCUUGAAGAAGCCAUUGAGAGCCAGUGCAGUUGGGGGAAAAGUUCUAUAGUAGAAUCCCGGGGCGCUUUCCAUUUAUCAAGAAAUUCCGGCUGGGAUGCUAAUAGAAAACAUGUUUCCACUGGAGAAUUCCCGGGAAUAAGUGGAAUUUUGAAAACGUAGCCCUGUUUUCCCGUCGGAAACUUUCCGGUGGAAAUGCAUGUUCCAUUUACGAGUUUUCACAAGGAAUCACCAGUUCCAGGCUAUUCAUGGCAAUAUCUCUGCCACCAUUUUGAAUUUUUGGGACGAGAGCAUAAACGAAUGGAACUUGUGUCAAAUGGAACACGUUCUUCACUCGAUGGACCUUUCCAUGGACGUUUCCGAAAGGUUUUGGUAAAUGGAAAACGCCCCUCGAUAUUCUAACCAAACCGAACUUCCUUUCACCAGUCAAACACUGUAAUUGUAUGCCCGAUUUUUCAAACCUCCCGAUAAUUCGAACUCAUUUACCUCUCCCACUGUGGCUCGAAAAAUCGGGAUUCCACUGUAGGUAGAUAUCAAAAGACAUGUUGCAAUUGUCAAUGAAAAAUGUAUUUACAUUCGGCGGCGCUGAACGUAGUGGCAGUGACAGACAAUAUAAAUACUUUCCUAUUGGUAUGAACGCACGUGAGUCGCUAUGGCGUUAAUUGACUCUAUUGGUUUUAGGUAUAUAAGCCUUGACAGUUGUAAUGUAUUCAUCUCAGCUCUCGAACUAUCAACUAUUAUUUUUAUAUCUUACUUUAUUCAUCUAUCGAUUGAUUUUUUACCUUUAACCCCCAGCGGUUGUGGGACCGCAUUGCUUGGGGAAAAGUCGUGAAUAUAAAAAGGACUAUUCGUGUAUAGGGAUUGUCAAAACUGAUAACAAUGAAUAGCAGUCCUUUUAGUAGAAAUUGCAAUGCAUAGCAUAUUGCAAGAAGUACAACAGGUGCACAAUAUGGUGUACUGCCUGUGAGGAAGUGAUAAAAAGUUUACGUAUAACAUGGUAAAACUGUCCAAAAAAUUGGUUGUUUUUUAUUUGUCUGUAGCGUGUCCACUUUGUAGCAGACUUGGAUUACAAGCUGACAUCAACAAAACACUUUUGGACCUAAAGGAAGCCCAAGCUAACGCAGAUAAAGUUUCUAACCUAAAAGAUUUAUGGCCAGAGUUGACUAAAGUGGAAGGACUUAUUGAUGACGCUGAGGUUUGUUUUUACACUGUCAGUCUGUGAUACCAGCAGAAUGACCUAAAAUCCAAAAGAGUUGCAAAUCCCCACCUUAUAGAAAGCAUUGGACGAACAAAUUCAGCAAAAAUAGAUGGGAAGAGGAGAAUAUGCUUAGGUUUGUCCGGUGUAACAAUCUCAAGGGCGAUUGUUAUAAUUUGUUGACUGGCUACACGUUAUUCUGAACGGCUAGUGUCCUACAUAUCAUGGAGUAAUUAUUUCAAGUAAAAGUGAGAUAACCUUACGUCAGCAUAAGCAUAAUUUGUUUACUCUUUUAAGUAAUCAAUUAACUUCGUUGUUUUUCAGGCCUCAGAGAAAGAAUUUGAUGACGUCGUGAGAGGUCUUUCUAACAACCUGACUCAACUGAAGGAUAGUCAGCUUAACAGGACAAUAAUUGAUAUUCAAAUCUUGGUAAGAUGCAACAUAAUAUAUUCUAUGAUUCGGUUUUCUUUGGGACUGGCACUUGUGCUUUGUUGUCUUUUUACUAUUUGCCUAAACCACGUACGGUAAAGUAUUGUAUAUCCAAAAAGGCGUUAGUAAAGUUAUAAGUGAUGAUGAUGAUGAUGAGGAUGAUGAUGAUGAUUAUUAUUAUUUACUAUGACUAUAAUUAUCAACUUAUUUUGUGCUUUUUAUUGUUUUCAGUUGUCAAACGCAUUACAGCAAAGUGCUUCUUUGCAAGCCAAUGUCACUCGAGAAUUGAACCGUAUUCGAGAGCUGAAUACUAAUACCCAGUCUGCGAAAGACAAUGUUACAGGUUAGCGACUAAGUAAUAUCACUGUAUUAGCACUUUCACUCCCCGGCAGAGUCUUGUGAGGUGGUUCUAACUUUUGAGUCUGUUGAUGAAGCAUUUGUUGUUACCAUUCAAGUGAAACUUCUUCGGCAGUAUUUUCGCAACGUGCUAUAUGUAGCGUUUUACCAAAUGAAAUCUCACCAACGGAAAAAAUCGAGUACAUUGAGGAUGAUAAAGGUGUCUGCGAGCAACCUCUUGUUAGCUUGGGGGAGGGGGGUAAGGAUAGGGAAAGAAAAGCAACCGGAGGUGGCCUCAAACGGCAAAAGAUACAGAUGAGACCAGCGGAAAAAACUGUAGUAAGCCGCAGCCUUAAGAUCGAUCUCCACCCAUCAUCAUUUUUCAUUAAACUUCUACGAUGCAGACAUUUUAAUUCCUGAGACGUGACGAAAGUGCAAGCCCUGGUCUUCAUGCUCGUAAUUAGUUUCAAGCUGAAUUGGACUUUUAUUGGCUUAUCAUUAUUGACUUAACUGGAUCACGUUGGAGGUGAAACAAAAAUAUCUUUUAUUGGUUUUGGUUAUUUUGUAGACUGACACAGUCAUUGUAUUUGCUCAUGAGGGCAUUGCUUAAUGAAGUGAACUUGUUUGUGCUGUUUUGGUUUCAGCUCUGAAUGCCACCGUUUCUGACGUAUUGACUCGACUUACAAGUCUAAAGAGGCAUGCUGAUAAUUUAUUAGCUGGGAUAAAUGGCAUUAUGAAUAGGACGUAUGACAAUGAAGUGAGGCAGGCUGAUGAGGAGUAUCGACAAGCGCAAGAUGUUUCCGCAUUAGCUAUGUCAGCUAGAUUCAACGUAACAGCUCAGGAAAACUUGAGAAAGAACUUAAACGAUACAGCGGUGCAGCUAGAAAGAAGGCUUCUUGUUUCGAUGGGAGAGUUCGACCAAUUAACAAACAGGGCCAUAACUACGGCUGUUAUCACGGAUGAUGCCGUUAUUCUUAUCAUUUUCCGUCAUGGUAAAGUUUCUCAUUGUUGGAUUUUCUAUUGAUGUUAAUAAGUGACCUGUGUUGAUGUUUUAUAUAGUGUAUUUCUUGUACUGAGUUCCUGUGGCACAUUAUGAAACAAAACCUCUUGCUAAGUCUGUCUACAAGCAAGCACCCAAUUCAUUGUUCUUGGCCCCCUUUUUUUACCACAAUUCGAGUAUGUGCCAUGGUUGGUCUGUUAAAAAAGCCAUUGCACUUCUGGCCUGGGUCCCAGAACAAGGAAUUCAGUCCUAACUUGGGCAGGCUACUUUUGUACAGUUGUAUCUCAAUGUGAUUGACACUGACAUCUGUAUAAUAUCUUGCUUUAUGUUUGUAGAAUGUGAGAAUGAUUGCUGCAAACAUCUCAACCAAUGAGACCCUCUACUGGAAAGCAGCAUCAAACUUCACUGAUCACAGUUUGGUAAGAUUACACCUCAGAAGAUUUUUUACAUGCUUAAGCAGGUAUUCGCUGAAAAAAAUUGUCUCAAACUUGACUGUACAGAUCUUGUUUGAAACAUCUGCCUUGGAAUUUUUCAUCAUUUUGCUGUUGUUGUUGUUGUUGCAUAGGAAGACAUUCAUUUUCUGUAAUAAAGUAUAAACAUAUAAUCAUUUGACUGUUUUUAGGUUGAUGCUUAUGGUGGAAACCUGAGUUUCAAAUUGUAUUUCAAGGAGUUAUUAAAUGGAACACUACACUUAUCACAACCAAAGGUUAUUCUGAAGGUAAAGUCAGGUUAUCAUGUUAAUAGUAGUGGAGCAAAUGAAAGAUACAUAGUGAAGGAUCAUGGGUCUAAGUUUUUUUUGAGUCCAUGUUUCACCUAAUAAAAGGGUAGUAUGUUGUGAAAGAAGGUGAAGUGGUAUAAUUUUCUGGGUAUUUUGCUCGCCUGUGACUUUCAUCUACACACUUUAAUUUACACCUGGUAUUUAUUUGUCUGCAAAUGCUGCUAUAGUCUGCAGAAUGGUCAGGGUUUUAUUAUUAAAGCAUCUGCAGGGCAUUGGUUAUUUGACUUUCAUCGAAUGAGUUCUCACAAUUUUUUUUACAGGGAGUCAAAAACAUCUCAAUUGAGCAUGCUCUAAUGUCUGUGCCAGCUGACCAAGUAGCCACCAGAACAAUAUUGAUGAAAGAGGUAGGUAUUUAAAUUAUAUGUACAUGAAGCUGAAUGUGUACUUUAUGUCUUUCACCUUCAAACCAUCUUUUGUUUUCUUUAUUUUUUUUUGCAGAGUUCUUGGUCUUAUAGUGGAAGUUCCACACCAGUGACAAGGGAAGAGUUUCUUCUUGUCUUGGCAAAACUUCAAGGGUUACAUAUAACAGCAUCAUUUUACUCUGACGGACAAGGUUUCUACCUUACGAGGUAGAUUGAGCUAGGAUAAUUUGCAUUUGACUUGCAUGUUUAUACAUUUUACAUUCUGGAAUAUUAUGUUGAGAGUACUUACAGGUCAUUUAAAUGUGAAAAAUGUUAUUAUAAAUUAAAUUAAAUAAAAAUAAUAAAAUAUUAUUCUAAGAGUUAAACAAUAAGCUCUUAUUGACUCAUCGCAAGGGAAUCAGUUGAUUUUGUGAAGCUGAGGGCAACAUAUCCAGAAACUCCAUUUGAAAUACAGUCAAACUCUCACCUCUACGCAACUGCCUUUUUUUUGGCAGAUAGUCCUAACAUUCACUGUUGUUUCAACCUCUCUACGAUGGCUACUUUCUUCUGUCCCCAAAGUGGACGUUGUAGAGAGGUUCAACUGGAUAUGUGAAAACAAUGUAAUUCCCUUGCCUUGUCACAAAGGUGAAAACCAGGGAUAAGUAAGUCUUCAACAAAUGCAUUAGAACUGGUCUAAACUCCAAAAUGCUAAUAAUAUAUUAUCCUGUCACUUGCAUGUUAAUCUGCAUGUUAUUAUCAGUAAGCACAAACUAAAGAACAAUGUUGUUUGCAGUCUUGGUGACUUCAAAGUCGCUGAUGUAGGUCCUGCACCAUCUGUUGCGGGCAGAGCUUACGAUGUUGAGCAGUGUAACUGUGGACAGGGAUAUUCUGGAUUGUCUUGUGAGGUAAGUGAGUUUUAAAAAAUAGUUACCAUAGUUCUAAACAACUUCCAUUCUUCGGGAAAAAUGUUAUGGUGAUUGAGGUUCUAUAUCAUUAAAAUGAUUUAUGUUAAUAUAAUAAAGGCAUACUUGCCGUGGUGACCCUCAGGGAGCAGAAAUGGUGAUGAGAACUGGAGGAGACUGUUUACAGGAAUGGUUUUUGUAAACAGCGAGUUAGGCUCGAUUAGCAGCUGCUUUUCGGAAAAUGAGCUGCCAUGCUCCUCCCCUGAGGAGUCUAUUCUCGUGAAGGACUGGGAGAGCGGGAGAAAUUGAGUUUUGUGGAAAGUUUAAAUGGUAUUUUGUCAACGCAUCUUCCGUUCUUGCUGGUACUUGCAACAGCAUUAUACCGAGAGCAAGAAAAGAGAACAAAGUAAGCAUUUGCCCUGUUUUGAAUAGUGUGAGAGCACUGCAGAACUUACUUGAAUAUGUUACAAACAAAUUAUACCAACUUGAGGUUAAUCUUGUUAAAAUAAUACAAUCAUUUGCUCCUUAUGUAAGGAGAUCACACCAGCACUAGAUACCCAGUAUUAUAUAUUUUGUUGUUCAGCGUGUUAUCAUUUAUCUUAAAACAGCGUUGUGCCAGGGGCUAUCACAGAGUGAAUGUAUCAGGGGACUUUUAUCUUGGAAAGUGUGAGCGGUGUAACUGCAAUGGACAUUCUGAUGAUUGUGACCCUGCUACUGGACAGUGCUUGGUGAGUGAAACUUUUCUCCUCUAACUUGAUAGGAGGACGUUUCUUUAAGAUGUACUUCUUUAAUACUUAUUAUGGGUUAUUCUGUUAACUUUGCUGAAAUAGUCAGUUUAUUGUAAGCAUCUGCUUAAAUUUCUCAAGUGUUGAAUCGAAACAAUUGAAUUUCCAUUUUCGGGGUUGGUUUCUCUUGUGCUAAAUUAAACAUGCUGCAAUCAGCAACAAAAUAAGUUGAGAUGUACUUUGCCCUAAAGGGGAGGGCCUCUCUGACAUUUUGCCAACUUAAAAAGGGGAAAAUAAAGCUUUCCCUCCCCCAUCCCCUUCGUGCAUGUGCCACUCUUCAAACUACCUGUUGGAAACGGCAAACACCCCAACUUUACAUGGAGGGGAGGGGGGUGUGGAUUGCUUUGUUCUCUGAAGUUACCUCAUUUCAUUUUGUCGCGGAUUGUAGCUGUACAGUUGUGUUGUUAAUGCUAAGGAAAGCUAAGUAUGUCGGUUUCCUGACAGAACUGUCUUCACAAUACCACUGGCUUUCAUUGCGAGAUCUGUUUAGAUGGAUUCUAUGGUAACGCUACUGAUGGGACCCCUGGGGACUGCAAGAAAUGCCCCUGUGAAAGUCCAAGAACUACAACGUGAGUAUUUUGCGCUUUAUUUAUAGACUGUAAUUUCAUAUUUCUUGGGUUAUAGCUUUUGACAUUUCUGCUUUAGCAUGUACUCAUUCAUCAAACUGUCAUUAGCAUUAAUCAUUGGGCUUGUGCAGGUUCUUGUUUUGUUAGCUAGUUUUGUGGCUUAAAGAAAAUAAGAAGCAGCUUCUCAAUUUUUUUCUCAAAUUUUCACAGUGAUAUUCGGCAUAAAUACCACAAGUGAUGUUUCGAAAUUGCUUUACGUAAUUUCACUCGCCUAUCGGCUCGUGAAAUUUGAGACAAUUUUGAAAUGUCACAUGUGGUAAUUAUACCAAUAUCACUGUAUACUACUACCCGCAAAAGGUUUGAAAUUUUCACACGCAGGUAUUUUAAAUUAAGCUGAAAUACCAUUGCUCUAAGCCUAUCAAAUUGAAUAAAUUUCUCAUUUAGUAGUAUAAACGCUGAAAUUUCGCACCAAAAUUAAGGAGUAAUUUGUCACCCAUGAUAUUACUAUAGUAAUUGUUGGAGUACAAAUCUGUCUGUUCCAGAUCCCUUUGUGUGGGUGAUGCUGAUGGUCAACCCAGGUGUCUUAAUUGUUCUGAGGGAUAUCAGGGCGAUAUUUGUGAAAGGUAAGAAUUUCAAAGUAAUUUGUGGUAAACUCCUGGUCUGUAUAAGUGCUACUCAUAGCACUUGAUUUGUAUCAUCUUUUUAGAGAUCAAAGCAUUGAUACACGUGUAUUACAUGUCAUUCUUGUGGACAUAGAAUGAAUGGUUUCAGAAAAUAACCACAACCCACUUUCAUGAUCUACCCAGUCAAAGUGUUUUUUUAGCUGUAUGCAGGAUGACCAAAGCAGGAGGCAGCAAUGGCUUAAACUUGUGUGGUUUUCAUUUAAUGGUAUUAAACUUAAGUGUUGAGUAGCCGGCAAAUAUUCCACUGGAAGCGGAAAACUUGUUAGCUCAUUUUGACUGGGUUGUUCACCGCAAAAUCCUUCUGUUUUCCCCCUUAAACGUGCUUUUUAAAAAACUUUGAAGUCCCCACUCGCUGUUGGUAUUGCCAAGGUGUAUGUAUACACGUUGGUCACAAUCACACAGUACCCAGAUUAGAAGUUGUGUUAUAUUUCAGCUGUGUGGAGGGAUUCUUUGGUGAACCUAUGAUCCCAGGAGGAAACUGCUCAAGGUGUCAGUGUAACAACAACUCGGAUGUGUGCAAUACAACAACUGGUGAAUGUCUUAACUGUCAGUACAACACUACUGGAUUUAACUGUGAACGCUGUGAGAAUGGAACAUGGGGUAAUGCCACACAGCAGCAAUGUCAAGGUAAACUGAUCUAGCGGACUAAAUUGUUUAGAAUCUUGUUCGGCCGUUAAAUUAAGUUGUAAUGAGCUGCCAUUGUAGAUUAGUCUUGAGAGAAAUCUGGGAACCCAUGCCCCGCACGUAGCAUAGGUGACCAUAGGUUCCCCCCCCACCCUACCCAGAUUUUACGUGGCUUGCUUCAUAAACCAAGGUGAAGGUUACAUGAUGAAACAUGGCUACCUUGGAAAGAUGACCAACCCACAAAUUUUUAGUGUAAAAAAACUGAGUGACGCGCUAUCAGAACAAUUAAUGGCUAAACAGGGAAUAGCGGAGUUUGUUUUGGCACCUCUUCGUCGUUAAUGACUGUUUUCCUUUGAUGAACGCUACCUUAAUACCUUAAUUAGUCAUGUUAAUUUACCUCACUUCUCGUGUAUGUAAACUAUAUUUUUUCUUUCCAGCUUGUACCUGUGACGGUAUUGGUGCGUUCCACAACGUUUGUAAUCACGUGACUGGCGACUGUGUAUGCAAGCCUUACGUGACAGGAAUGAACUGCUCAGCAUGCCAGGUAAGGAAUAGAUAAUAUUAUUAGGAAGCAGGGUUUUCGGUAACAUUUGGAAUUGCCGGAUGCAGGGGUUUAGCUGCUGGAUUUGCACCGUUCGUGCAGGAAGAAAAAAAAACCGUUGAAAGGUCUAUUAACACCUAAUAUAUUGCUGUAUAGUUCAUAUUUUAGACGUCCGUUAAGCCUUUUAAAAAAGAUAAUUCUUGCAAAUGUACUCCCUUGCAGCCGAACAGUUACAACUUUACCUCAAGUGGCUGCAUGGCGUGUGGUUGCAACGAAUUUGGCUCAAAUUCACUUCAGUGUAAUGAUUCAGGAAUCUGUGAGUGCAAAAACCACACCCUUGGCGAAAAGUGUGACUUAUGUGAGUGGGGAUUCUUUGGGCUUCCUAAUGCCACAUGCCAAGGUAGGGAAUUUUACUGUUUCUUUUCUUACAUGUAUUAACUUUGCUAAAUCCAUUCGGGUUAUUGUAACUUUUAUUUUAUGUACAAUUUUUGGAUGAGGACGCAGACAGUUUUUUGUUAUAUGAUAAUUUCCAGAAUGUGGUUGCAAUGAGACUGGUUCUAACAACUACACAAGGUGUGACCGCAGCACAGGCCAGUGCUACUGCAAACCAGGCGUAACAAACCGACUUUGUGAUCAGUGUUCGAUACAGCACACGAACUUCUCAGGAAACGGCUGUGAUCGUAAGUACAACAAAGCGUAAAAGCUUUAUUACUGUACAUGAACCGUACAUGAACUGUGAAUGACUAUGGUUUGAGGAUAUUGGCAGUGUAUUAGUGAAAAGUUUUGUUCUCCACAAACCAAGUCUGACUUGCAAUGUGUCCUCAACAAAGACAGUAGCUAAUCGAGUAGAAAAACAAAGCCUCUCACUCAGACGUUUUUUUGGCUUGUCACGCAAUCCUCCCCAAAUCGUGACGAAGUCCUACGUAUUUAACAGUGUUCUGUUACCCUCUGACCUUAUAUGUGGGCGAGAGACAGUGUUAGUGGAGAUGCCAUGUGACCUUGAAGAAGCCAUUGAGAGCCAGUGCAGUUGGGGGAAAAGUUCUAUAGUAGAAUCCCGGGGCGCUUUCCAUUUAUCAAGAAAUUCCGGCUGGGAUGCUAAUAGAAAACAUGUUUCCACUGGAAAAUUCCCGGGAAUAAGUGGAAUUUUGAAAACGUAGCCCUGUUUUCCCGUCGGAAACUUUCCGGUGGAAAUGCAUGUUCCAUUUACGAGUUUUCACAAGGAAUCACCAGUUCCAGGCUAUUCAUGGCAAUAUCUCUGCCACCAUUUUGAAUUUUUGGGACGAGAGCAUAAACGAAUGGAACUUGUGUCAAAUGGAACACGUUCUUCACUCGAUGGACCUUUCCAUGGACGUUUCCGAAAGGUUUUGGUAAAUGGAAAACGCCCCUCGAUAUUCUAACCAAACCGAACUUCCUUUCACCAGUCAAACACUGUAAUCGUAUGCCCGAUUUUUCAAACCUCCCGAUAAUUCGAACUCAUUUACCUCUCCCACUGUGGCUCGAAAAAUCGGGAUUCCACUGUAGGUAGAUAUCAAAAGACAUGUUGCAAUUGUCAAUGAAAAAUGUAUUUACAUUCGGCGGCGCUGAACGUAGUGGCAGUGACAGACAAUAUAAAUACUUUCCUAUUGGUAUGAACGCACGUGAGUCGCUAUGGCGUUAAUUGACUCUAUUGGUUUUAGGUAUAUAAGCCUUGACAGUUGUAAUGUAUUCAUCUCAGCUCUCGAACUAUCAACUAUUAUUUUUAUAUCUUACUUUAUUCAUCUAUCGAUUGAUUUUUUACCUUUAACCCCCAGCGGUUGUGGGACCGCAUUGCUUGGGGAAAAGUCGUGAAUAUAAAAAGGACUAUUCGUGUAUAGGGAUUGUCAAAACUGAUAACAAUGAAUAGCAGUCCUUUUAGAAGAAAUUGCAAUGCAUAGCAUAUUGCAAGAAGUACAACAGGUGCACAAUAUGGUGUACUGCCUGUGAGGAAGUGAUAAAAAGUUUACGUAUAACAUGGUAAAACUGUCCAAAAAAUUGGUUGUUUUUUAUUUGUCUGUAGCGUGUCCACUUUGUAGCAGACUUGGAUUACAAGCUGACAUCAACAAAACACUUUUGGACCUAAAGGAAGCCCAAGCUAACGCAGAUAAAGUUUCUAACCUAAAAGAUUUAUGGCCAGAGUUGACUAAAGUGGAAGGACUUAUUGAUGACGCUGAGGUUUGUUUUUACACUGUCAGUCUGUGAUACCAGCAGAAUGACCUAAAAUCCAAAAGAGUUGCAAAUCCCCACCUUAUAGAAAGCAUUGGACGAACAAAUUCAGCAAAAAUAGAUGGGAAGAGGAGAAUAUGCUUAGGUUUGUCCGGUGUAACAAUCUCAAGGGCGAUUGUUAUAAUUUGUUGACUGGCUACACGUUAUUCUGAACGGCUAGUGUCCUACAUAUCAUGGAGUAAUUAUUUCAAGUAAAAGUGAGAUAACCUUACGUCAGCAUAAGCAUAAUUUGUUUACUCUUUUAAGUAAUCAAUUAACUUCGUUGUUUUUCAGGCCUCAGAGAAAGAAUUUGAUGACGUCGUGAGAGGUCUUUCUAACAACCUGACUCAACUGAAGGAUAGUCAGCUUAACAGGACAAUAAUUGAUAUUCAAAUCUUGGUAAGAUGCAACAUAAUAUAUUCUAUGAUUCGGUUUUCUUUGGGACUGGCACUUGUGCUUUGUUGUCUUUUUACUAUUUGCCUAAACCACGUACGGUAAAGUAUUGUAUAUCCAAAAAGGCGUUAGUAAAGUUAUAAGUGAUGAUGAUGAUGAUGAGGAUGAUGAUGAUGAUUAUUAUUAUUUACUAUGACUAUAAUUAUCAACUUAUUUUGUGCUUUUUAUUGUUUUCAGUUGUCAAACGCAUUACAGCAAAGUGCUUCUUUGCAAGCCAAUGUCACUCGAGAAUUGAACCGUAUUCGAGAGCUGAAUACUAAUACCCAGUCUGCGAAAGACAAUGUUACAGGUUAGCGACUAAGUAAUAUCACUGUAUUAGCACUUUCACUCCCCGGCAGAGUCUUGUGAGGUGGUUCUAACUUUUGAGUCUGUUGAUGAAGCAUUUGUUGUUACCAUUCAAGUGAAACUUCUUCGGCAGUAUUUUCGCAACGUGCUAUAUGUAGCGUUUUACCAAAUGAAAUCUCACCAACGGAAAAAAUCGAGUACAUUGAGGAUGAUAAAGGUGUCUGCGAGCAACCUCUUGUUAGCUUGGGGGAGGGGGGUAAGGAUAGGGAAAGAAAAGCAACCGGAGGUGGCCUCAAACGGCAAAAGAUACAGAUGAGACCAGCGGAAAAAACUGUAGUAAGCCGCAGCCUUAAGAUCGAUCUCCACCCAUCAUCAUUUUUCAUUAAACUUCUACGAUGCAGACAUUUUAAUUCCUGAGACGUGACGAAAGUGCAAGCCCUGGUCUUCAUGCUCGUAAUUAGUUUCAAGCUGAAUUGGACUUUUAUUGGCUUAUCAUUAUUGACUUAACUGGAUCACGUUGGAGGUGAAACAAAAAUAUCUUUUAUUGGUUUUGGUUAUUUUGUAGACUGACACAGUCAUUGUAUUUGCUCAUGAGGGCAUUGCUUAAUGAAGUGAACUUGUUUGUGCUGUUUUGGUUUCAGCUCUGAAUGCCACCGUUUCUGACGUAUUGACUCGACUUACAAGUCUAAAGAGGCAUGCUGAUAAUUUAUUAGCUGGGAUAAAUGGCAUUAUGAAUAGGACGUAUGACAAUGAAGUGAGGCAGGCUGAUGAGGAGUAUCGACAAGCGCAAGAUGUUUCCGCAUUAGCUAUGUCAGCUAGAUUCAACGUAACAGCUCAGGAAAACUUGAGAAAGAACUUAAACGAUACAGCGGUGCAGCUAGAAAGAAGGCUUCUUGUUUCGAUGGGAGAGUUCGACCAAUUAACAAACAGGGCCAUAACUACGGCUGUUAUCACGGAUGAUGCCGUUAUUCUUAUCAAUCGAACAAAGGUGUGUUCACUGCAUUGUGAUUUUGUGACGUGUAACCAACGCAGACGUGACACUAUGACACUCUACUGGAUAGCUUUUGCGCCGGCACGAAAACCAUAGCGGAGAAGGCUUUUGUUCACACGGGAACAGUGAUUUCGGCGAGAUUUCUGUAAAGGAGCGAAGCUACGCCGCGCCGACCUCAUCUCUGAAGCGGAGAGUUACAUUUCAGAUAGAGGUUCAAACUAAACCUGAUAGUUUUUCCGGCGUGUCGGCUUGAAAAGCUGUCAGGUAUGGUGGGAAUAUAUCCUAAACGGUAGAUUUUCAAGGUAUUUCUUCAAUCUUUGCUGCUGUCAGUUAUUUAACAAUUAUUCCUCGAGCCCGAAUGGGCUCUGAGUCAAUACCCCAUGAGGCCGAAGGCCUCAUGGGGUAUUGACUCAGAGGAUAUGAGGGCGAGAGAAAUAAUUGUUUUAGUAAAAUCCAACUAGUUGGUCAAAAAUAUCAAGACAAAACAACUUUAGCUAGCAGAACGUGAUUCAGCCGCCAUUGUUUUGGUUUCCAAAGCCGGCGCUUUUCGCUACUAGUGAGCUAUAACAUAUAGCCCAGUAGUAGUUCAACCAAUCAGAACGCAGCAUUGAUAAUAGACCACUAGUUGGAUUUUACUAAAUAUGUUUUAUUUCUUGGUUAUUUAAUGUUUGUUUUGUUUUCUUUUAACAGAACUUGAUCAGUGAAGCAAGGAAUAUAACCGAUCGAGCACUUCAUUUACUUGAGACAGUUCGCGGGAUUUUAAACCGCAGUGACCUCUACGUUUCCACAGGACAAAACAAUUACGAGGUACGGACUACAUGAAAUAAAAUUUUUUCUUAUGAUUGUUUAGAUGUUGGUUUCGCUUUGCUGCAAAUACAAUAGAAAAUAUGCAAUUUAAAGGAUUCACUGAGUUAUCAGCAAAGAAUGCCAACAGUACUAGUGGUCAGUGGUUGUUUUGGAGGUGCAUGUGCAUUAUAUCCCAACAUCAGCCAGGAAUCGCAGUAAAACACGAAUUUAAAAUAAUGUAGUUGAAUUAGUCAUUGCUGUUGUUUGUUUCCAGGAUGCAAGUACUCGUCUGGGCAUCUUAAGAGAGAAUAUGACCACAUUGGACAACUCUCUUCAGGCUCUAAUGCCUGAAUUAACUGCUGCAAAUCAGAGUGUAACUGAAAACGCCACUAAACAUGCGGCUAAUCUUACAGCUGAAGCCAGGCAACGGCAAAGGUGAGUUUAUUUCGCCGAACAGAAACGAAUAAAACGACUCGCUAUUUACGGUGGUGCAAUAAAAAAAUAAAAUGGUAAAUAAAUCAAUCAAAUGUUAAUGUAAUGAUAGACCAUGAUAGCCUUUCUCAAAGCCUGUUUCCGGUUCAUACUGGUUCGAUGCUCGUCUCGCACUUCCUCGCUCGCUUUUGUCCUCGCGCCUUCGGCCGCAGUCGACUUAAGGCAAGUCUAAGGUAAUAAUGGUGUAAGCUGAUUUUGAGAAGAUAAGCAAGGAUAUGAUCAUAGACUAAUGAUAAUGAUGAUGAUGAUGACGACGUAAAUCGCACCGUUUUAAUGGCGAUUAUGAUAAUGGUGAUGAUAAAACAAAUAACGUCCACGACAUCAGUGAGGAUUUUUAUGAUGACCCAACAACAAACUUGGUUGACGACGAUGAUUACGUUGAUGAUACUAACUAUGCGAAGUUAGCCUGCGAGCAGGCUCUCCAUUUUGGGAAGUCGCGAGAAGUCACGCGAGAGUAGCACGCGAAAGGAGACGCGGGUGCAAGGGACUCCUCUCGCGGCUUGCUUCGCUCGCCAAAAAUCAGAGGAGAACUUCCUCGCAUGCUUCUGCAAAAUUAUGACGAUGCGAUAAAAGUAUGUUUUUUAUUUUGUUUUCAGUGUUUUUAACACCACCCUGUCUCACGGAGCGCGUGCUGUUGAUGCUAUCAAAACGUUUGAAGAAGUAGUACGGCUCGGAAAUCAAUCGCUUGAAACUUCCCAGCAGGUCAACCAGUCACUGCAAGAAAUUAUGACCAGGGUGAGUUAUAACAAACUCUCUCUAGAAGGGUUUCAUAGCAUGCAGAACAGGCGUUAUUAUUCACGCCCCCUCCCUUGCGCGUGUCUCGCGCUCCACGCCCGCUUCGCGCUUUGUUCGCCUGAAAAGCGCGAAAUAAUACCGCCUGUUUUGCAGGCUACUUUUAAACCAACCAACCACAGGCUACUUUUAAACCAAAUCCAGAAAUGCGAUAUUUGGGAGAGAAGGAUGAACAAUCUUUAAAAGUAACAGCAAUCGCUGAAAAAAAUCAACAAAUCAAUCAGUAUUCAACGGAAAGCAAACAGAGAACUCCAAACAUGAAACAACUGAAAUCUUGUGAAUUAAUCCUAUGAAAGUAACUUGUUUCCCUUUCAUCGGUGAUUUUUUAGCCUUAUUAACCAGUUGCACUUGUGAGCAAAAAUCGUUUUUUGUAAUUAUUUUAUUAUUUUGUCGGAACAUGUAUGAUGCGUAGUCUGGCUAACAGUGAGUAUGAUUCUACUGCAGCGACAAAAUGUCCCUCUUGUUUGCAUGUAAGACUUAAAUGAAUUCAAUUUCUGGUUAAUUUAUUUCAGCUUCAGAAUGUAACGCGAGUUAGCUCCGAUCUUCAAACAAGAGUUGCUGAUUCAAAAGACCAAAGUGAAGAAUUUUCCAACAAUACUUUGGCCAGGGAUGCGAAUCUAAGAGGUAAAUUGUUCCGGGUUUUUGUCAGUCGUAAUUCCAUAUUCCAAUGGUUCUAUUACCUCCCAUAAUAUAGCACGUAGCAACAAGCAUUCUGUGCAUUCUUAUUAAAAAAUAACUAACGUAUUUGUGGCGCAGCUGCAUGUAGUUUACGCUCAAUGAACUAAUGUGUGGUCAUUGAACUACUGGUGUGGUUAUUGAUCUGUUGUGUACUUAUUGAACUGCUUUGUGGUUAUUGAACUAACAAACAGGAAAACUGGGUUAUUUUUUUACUCCACCUAGACGGAUUACAUCACCUACCUGGGGUCCCCCACCUCCAUGUAAACAGGCCCUAAGAUUCCAUGACGCGACGGCAACGAAAACGUCUUAAAAAACAACAGGUUUAAUAAGAAAAACAACAACUUCACACGUGCAUCACGCCAUCGCGUCGUUAAAUCUCAAAGUCCCUUAUGGCACAAUGUUCUUUCUAGUGCCCAUUACGCUCAAGCGCGUGCUACGCAUGCUAAUGCUUUACGUUUUUCAAAGUGAAAUGUUUACUUAACUUAACGCUCUUUAUUUAGGACUUCGAGCCAAUGUUACCUCAUCAAACCAGACGUUCACGGACGCUGUAACGACUGGUGAUUCAGUGGAUUCUCUUUACGGUACUUUAAAAUCUCAGCGAGACACUCUUGUACAAGCAGCUGAGUUGGGAAGUGGUACACACUCCGUCCUAUCUAACGCCCAGACUGCUAGCGACUAUUCCAACGAGGCACUGUUUCGCGCCAAUCCAGUUAAUGGUGGCACUCCAGCCUUGCUGGAUCAAGUCAACAGACUUGAGCAACGGAUGAAGGCAAUUAACCAAUCAGCUGAGAAAGCUGCAGGUCUCACGUCCAAGGCAUUUGCAAAUGGUAAGCCUGUGUAUGUACAAUUUGUUGGUAGUUAUCCUGUGCAUGAAAAUUUUGAGCAUUCGGAACCCCGGAUUAACUGUCCUGAAUCACACACCAACGUGAUUUCUAUCUACUAAAUAAAAACAACGUCACUUUUUUCUCGUGAUGAAGGGGGGGGGGGGGGGGGGGGGGAACUUUAAAGUACUUUUUGGAGUCCUGGUGGGAAUUUUUUUUGGGGGUGUGGGGGGGGUGGGGGGGGGGGAUGGGUGAACUUUAAAGUACUGUUUGAAGUCCUGAUGGUUAUUUUGUUUGCGCGUUUGAAGGAAAUUGUGAUUUGUCGGAUUUUCUUCACUAAAUUCACUUUGCCAAAGAAAAAUUUCCAAUUUGAACUUGUAGAAUCCCGAUUUCUCGAACUCUCCUUUUUUCUAUAUUCCCGAUAAUUUGGAACCCAGUCAAUUGACCUUUACCAGUAGUCAAACACUAUAAUUUUACACCCAAUUUUUCCAACCAAUUCGCUUCUCCCAACGUGUUUCAAAAAGUCUGGUUCCAUUGUAUGUGUAAACCGAUUUUUAUGUUUGAAGAUUUUGUGCUAAAGUAUACUGUAUUUGCCUACUUAUUAUAUUCACUGAGUUAUCAGCAAAGAAUGCCAACAGUACUAGUGGUCAGUGGUUGUUUUGGAGGUGCAUGUGCAUUAUAUCCCAACAUCAGCCAGGAAUCGCAGUAAAACACGAAUUUAAAAUAAUGUAGUUGAAUUAGUCAUUGCUGUUGUUUGUUUCCAGGAUGCAAGUACUCGUCUGGGCAUCUUAAGAGAGAAUAUGACCACAUUGGACAACUCUCUUCAGGCUCUAAUGCCUGAAUUAACUGCUGCAAAUCAGAGUGUAACUGAAAACGCCACUAAACAUGCGGCUAAUCUUACAGCUGAAGCCAGGCAACGGCAAAGGUGAGUUUAUUUCGCCGAACAGAAACGAAUAAAACGACUCGCUAUUUACGGUGGUGCAAUAAAAAAAUAAAAUGGUAAAUAAAUCAAUCAAAUGUUAAUGUAAUGAUAGACCAUGAUAGCCUUUCUCAAAGCCUGUUUCCGGUUCAUACUGGUUCGAUGCUCGUCUCGCACUUCCUCGCUCGCUUUUGUCCUCGCGCCUUCGGCCGCAGUCGACUUAAGGCAAGUCUAAGGUAAUAAUGGUGUAAGCUGAUUUUGAGAAGAUAAGCAAGGAUAUGAUCAUAGACUAAUGAUAAUGAUGAUGAUGAUGACGACGUAAAUCGCACCGUUUUAAUGGCGAUUAUGAUAAUGGUGAUGAUAAAACAAAUAACGUCCACGACAUCAGUGAGGAUUUUUAUGAUGACCCAACAACAAACUUGGUUGACGACGAUGAUUACGUUGAUGAUACUAACUAUGCGAAGUUAGCCUGCGAGCAGGCUCUCCAUUUUGGGAAGUCGCGAGAAGUCACGCGAGAGUAGCACGCGAAAGGAGACGCGGGUGCAAGGGACUCCUCUCGCGGCUUGCUUCGCUCGCCAAAAAUCAGAGGAGAACUUCCUCGCAUGCUUCUGCAAAAUUAUGACGAUGCGAUAAAAGUAUGUUUUUUAUUUUGUUUUCAGUGUUUUUAACACCACCCUGUCUCACGGAGCGCGUGCUGUUGAUGCUAUCAAAACGUUUGAAGAAGUAGUACGGCUCGGAAAUCAAUCGCUUGAAACUUCCCAGCAGGUCAACCAGUCACUGCAAGAAAUUAUGACCAGGGUGAGUUAUAACAAACUCUCUCUAGAAGGGUUUCAUAGCAUGCAGAACAGGCGUUAUUAUUCACGCCCCCUCCCUUGCGCGUGUCUCGCGCUCCACGCCCGCUUCGCGCUUUGUUCGCCUGAAAAGCGCGAAAUAAUACCGCCUGUUUUGCAGGCUACUUUUAAACCAACCAACCACAGGCUACUUUUAAACCAAAUCCAGAAAUGCGAUAUUUGGGAGAGAAGGAUGAACAAUCUUUAAAAGUAACAGCAAUCGCUGAAAAAAAUCAACAAAUCAAUCAGUAUUCAAAGGAAAGCAAACAGAGAACUCCAAACAUGAAACAACUGAAAUCUUGUGAAUUAAUCCUAUGAAAGUAACUUGUUUCCCUUUCAUCGGUGAUUUUUUAGCCUUAUUAACCAGUUGCACUUGUGAGCAAAAAUCGUUUUUUGUAAUUAUUUUAUUAUUUUGUCGGAACAUGUAUGAUGCGUAGUCUGGCUAACAGUGAGUAUGAUUCUACUGCAGCGACAAAAUGUCCCUCUUGUUUGCAUGUAAGACUUAAAUGAAUUCAAUUUCUGGUUAAUUUAUUUCAGCUUCAGAAUGUAACGCGAGUUAGCUCCGAUCUUCAAACAAGAGUUGCUGAUUCAAAAGACCAAAGUGAAGAAUUUUCCAACAAUACUUUGGCCAGGGAUGCGAAUCUAAGAGGUAAAUUGUUCCGGGUUUUUGUCAGUCGUAAUUCCAUAUUCCAAUGGUUCUAUUACCUCCCAUAAUAUAGCACGUAGCAACAAGCAUUCUGUGCAUUCUUAUUAAAAAAUAACUAACGUAUUUGUGGCGCAGCUGCAUGUAGUUUUCGCUCAAUGAACUGAUGUGUAGUCAUUGAACUACUGGUGUGGCUAUUGAUCUGUUGUGUACUUAUUGAACUGCUUUGUGGUUAUUGAACUAACAAAAAGAAAAACUGGUUUAUUUUUUUACUCCACCUAGACGGAUUACAUCACCUACCUGGGGUCCCCCACCUCCAUGUAAACAGGCCCUAAGAUUCCAUGACGCGACGGCAACGAAAACGUCUUAAAAAACAACAGGUUUAAUAAGAAAAACAACAACUUCACACGUGCAUCACGCCAUCGCGUCGUUAAAUCUCAAAGUCCCUUAUGGCACAAUGUUCUUUCUAGUGCCCAUUACGCUCAAGCGCGUGCUACGCAUGCUAAUGCUUUACGUUUUUCAAAGUGAAAUGUUUACUUAACUUAACGCUCUUUAUUUAGGACUUCGAGCCAAUGUUACCUCAUCAAACCAGACGUUCACGGACGCUGUAACGACUGGUGAUUCAGUGGAUUCUCUUUACGGUACUUUAAAAUCUCAGCGAGACACUCUUGUACAAGCAGCUGAGUUGGGAAGUGGUACACACUCCGUCCUAUCUAACGCCCAGACUGCUAGCGACUAUUCCAACGAGGCACUGUUUCGCGCCAAUCCAGUUAAUGGUGGCACUCCAGCCUUGCUGGAUCAAGUCAACAGACUUGAGCAACGGAUGAAGGCAAUUAACCAAUCAGCUGAGAAAGCUGCAGGUCUCACGUCCAAGGCAUUUGCAAAUGGUAAGCCUGUGUAUGUACAAUUUGUUGGUAGUUAUCCUGUGCAUGAAAAUUUUGAGCAUUCGGAACCCCGGAUUAACUGUCCUGAAUCACACACCAACGUGAUUUCUAUCUACUAAAUAAAAAACAACGUCACUUUUUUCUCGUGAUGAGGGGGGGGGGGGGGGGGGAUGGGUGAACUUUAAAGUACUGUUUGAAGUCCUGAUGGUAAUUUUGUUUGCGCGUUUGAAGGAAAUUGUGAUUUGUCGGAUUUUCUUCACUAAAUUCACUUUGCCAAAGAAAAAUUUCCAAUUUGAACUUGUAGAAUCCCGAUUUCUCGAACUACCAGUAGUCAAACACUAUAAUAUUACACCCAAUUUUUCCAACCAAUUCGCUUCUCCCAACGUGUUUCAAAAAGUCUGGUUCCAUUGUAUGUGUAAACCGAUUUUUAUGUUUGAAGAUUUUGUGCUAAAGUAUACUGUAUUUGCCUACUUAUUACAGUGAAAAAUGCAAGUGCAUUAUUGGGUGGGGUGGAUAGAGCAGUGCAAAGAGCGGAUGAACUGAAAAACCUAACAGCUAACUUACAAGCCCAGCUCAGGCAGAACAUGUCAGUGUUGGAGGAAAAACUAAGAAGAGCUAAAGAAUAUGUGGCUAAGGUAGAUAAAUUAAGUCUUUACUGAACGUGGAAAAUACAUAAAUGUGCACCUCAUUAAUACACUUGUAUGUGUUGACGUAAAGAGACUUUUCUUAAGCUUUGUUCAUACUCUGGCUUUUUAUUCAACCGCAAUGACAACAUCUCUGCAAAUAUGGAACUUUUGUAAAAUUUGUAAAUAUCAGACUUAAACUCACGGCGAAGAAAAAGCUAAGAUUUGCCAUUACUUAAGAGCAGAGAAAUAAUAGCUAGGGAAAAGCGUUGUCCACUUACAUCCAUUAACAGCCCCACUGGCCUUGCAUGUAAAAAUUUACCAGUGAGUUUAAGUGCAUUAGUUAAUCUUUUGCUUGUGUUUCAGAUUCGUCUUGCUCUGAACGUUCAAGGGAAAACCGCUGUACAGUACCGUCCUACAUCUCGUUUAAUAAACACGACUCGUUACACAGAGAUCUCGAUAGACUUCAGGGCGACUCGUGUCCAGGGCUCGCUCUUUUACCUUUCUGAUGGGUCAAGUAGCAGGGUGAGUGUGCAGUGAUGUUACGCAGCGGCAGCCAAGUGAAAUAUUCCUGAGGGGUCUUUAGCGUCACUUCCAUGCCCUUGUUUUUUACUAUUUUUUCAUCUUUAAAAUUCUCCUUUUAGCCUUUUCAUCGUUUUUUUUUUCUGUUCGUAAAUUUGGUAUCUUGUUUCGUUGUUGACGUUUCGUCAUAUUUAAGGAAUUUCACGCCUGUUUUAAUUUGGCGGAGGCGGAGAACCACCCCAUAUUUUCUUUUCCGUUGCUCUUAUGUCGCACGUUAAUAUUUGAAAGCUUCAGGUUAGAGUAAUCCUUCAGCUUUAAAGACAAGCUGGGAUGUAGACAGCCCCAGAAUUCUUUGCGACAGUUAACUCGACCCAGUUUCCCUCUCGUUUCUAUAGUGGCGCAUGCGUUGUGGCAAAAGGUCCGCAGGGAAAAGUUUUUUCAUUACUAGGUUGUAAACGAAAAUUUAGUACCUUUUGCUGGCAGACUUUUCACUCAGUUUUCCUUUCUUCCGCAGUCUUUGGCUCUAACUUUAGAGAGUGGAUCAUUUGUGAAGUUUCAGUACAACCUUGGCACGAAUCCUAUUAAUAUCAUCAACUGGGCUGUUAGAGUGUACCCUGGUGACUGGUAUACUGUGUAUGCUACACGGUCAGUAUCUUAAAUAGAUGACAUGUAGCCUGAGAAAACAGCAGACAUUUCGCGACGCCUCUACCGGUUUCCCCGCGCGCGAGACGAGAAACGAGUGCAGAAAUUCCACAACCGCGUUUCCAGGGUCCUCUCCUACUCGUCCCUGCGGAGCGAGAGGGAGAGAGAGAACCUGGGAACGAGGUCGAAAAUUCCAUUCUGAUGACGCCUUACUACCCAGAUCUGGGUAGCGCUUUUGAUUGGUUUCCACGUUAAAGUAGACCUUUUUCACUCCUUAUGAUAGAGCUAUUAAGUAAAAUUACUCUGAAAUUGGGGUGUUUUUGUUUCUCUGCAGAUAUGAGAAAGACGGACGGUUGACGGUGACAGAUCACAGAAGAAACUUCAGCCGUACGUACGAACCCAGCACAGACGUUAUAGCAAAUACCUUGACUACUGACUUCAAACCUGAUGAUAAUCUUUACAUUGGAGGCCUGCCUACUGGAGCCAUGGUGAGACUUAAAUUGAUGGUGUAGCUCUUGAGCUGUUGUUAUCGUACAUAAUAUUUCACUCCAAAAGAAAUGGAUGCAGGUGUUCCGAUAUCUUAGUCACGUUGUUUGACAUGAUAUAUUCCAGGGUCAUGUUGUUUGACCUUUUCUAUUUGUACUGUUUACUCCAUGUUUGUGUCUUAGAGUUUCGCCGUUAAGUCCGCGGCUAGGCGUGUAUGACCAUACAAAUAAAUGCCGUGGUUGUUUUAUGAUUCUAACAGCAGUUUGUCUUUCGUUGCUUGUAUAUCAAAAUGUUCUCAGGAAGCUAGGUCAGAAAUGUUUAAAGUCCGCAGCGACAUAAAUUGCGUCCGUAGACGAUAUAACAAUACCGGCUUUUGGUCCCAUCGUUACGCUAUUCUUGAGAAAUUAUUAGGUUACAUCAAGAUGAUGUAUGUAAGGUGUCAUUGUCUUAUCAGAACCGCAUUUUGUUCUGUCUCAGGAAAACAAGACAGACCGCUUCUUUGACGGCUGCAUUGACAAUGUUGUGCUUAACCAGGAGUCGCUGAAUUUGUGGGAACCAGUCAAGGUUGAAGGGAACCGCUCAUUCUGUUCCAGAAGGUAUCGGCAAUUUGUAAUAGGGGUCAUACAGUUGUAGUCAAAUUUGGUGUUCGUUAUUAGUCCUGAUUAUUGGCCAUUUAGAGGUGGCGCGUCAGACUGGGUUGGUGUUGUGUCGAACUGCACUAUGGGACGAAUGGGACCCAGUUUGCUACUCAACUUCGUGUAGGCAUUGUAAUAAAGGAAGCGAUAGUAUCCCCUAAACAGUGCCAUUGGGCAAUUUGUCAGCGCACUGACCCAGUCAUACGUGCACCCUUAAAAUGUCCCCACACCGACACCUUAUUGGGUAUAUUUUUCCAUACCAAAUAUGGUGUGACGCCCCUUAUGCAUGAUUACGUCAGACAAGCAAAUUUCGCGAGCAAGCCUCUUUUGUAAGCAAAAUUCUUCGCCUGUUUACUCUUUGUGCAUGGAUAUUCUUUUGGGAAUUUAUGUAAGAAAACUUCGCAAUCAACAUUUUCAAAACAAAGGCUUGGUGGUGAAGUUUGCUCGUCUGACGUAAAACAUGCAUAAGGGCCAUGUUGUUACUAUGAGUGCAAAGCAAACGUUUUUUGUUCUCGCGGGGGGGAUUAAUCAUACCUUUCUUCACUAAGCUUGCAUGUGUAAGUAGUUGUAAAGAUUCGUUUUAAUUUUAUCUUGAAUUAAACAAGAAAUCGCUUUAUUAUUUGUAGCUAUUUAAAGCUAACCUAUUAUCAUUGUAUGCUGUUCUAGACCUCCCGAUGAAGUGGACCUUAUUCCUGGAAUCAGUUUCUUUGGCAUUGCUGAAGGUCAUGUGAAGCAGAAGAUGGGAAGCUUUAACAUUACUGGCGAGUCAGAGAUGGAGUUCCAGUUCAGAACAUUCCUUAAAACGGCUCUUAUUACUAUCGUUUUGAACGGCCAGGUUGGUGUCUAUGCAAUACGUUAACGUUAUAAAGUGUGUUACGGUAUAAAGCGGAUAACUAUAGGUUGGCGUCCUUCAUUUCAGACUUAAUUGUUAUUUUCAUUUUUUUCCUCACGGACUUAAUAAAAAGAAUGUGUUUUUUUUGGUGGGAUUAGUGUAACAGUUGCUCUCCUAAAGAGAGACAGAUCUCGCGUACGCCUCAGUUCAGUUUUUUAGUUUCCUUCAUAAAAAACCCUUACGAGUGUUAUUCACAAAGGUAGCUGAAUGAAUGAAUGAAGAGUCGUGGAUGAGAGGACAACAGACGUGCCCUCUUACAAUACAUUUUAACAUGUGAACAGUAUGCUCGGACGUCAACAUACAAAGGGGCCACUGGCAGCCGCUCUCAGUCCAUUUGUGAGCUUACUGUACCCACCCAACCCAUGAUGUGAAUGAUGUGAUGACUGAAGGUUGACCACACCACCAGGGUCUACGUCCCCUUCUCUUUUCGAACAGUGGUGUGGGUUGUUUUACGUCCCACAAGAACCAGAUAAGUGUAAGUGUUGUGAGACGGGACCUACGGUUUUUCGUCCUUAUUUGAGAAGACUAGAAAGUCUAACCGUUUGCAGAUGUCAUUACAAAGGCAGCACUUUCUUCUCAGUUAUUUAAAGACCCUGAGUGCUGGUCCGGCCGGGGUUCGAACCCGUGACCUCCCGCUCAGCAGACUGGCGCUCUCCCAAAUGAGCCAACCAGGCGGCGGUUUCAAGUUAUUGAUGUGGAGUUUUAAAACAAUAGAAUGCUUAUCGGGCUGCCCUCACAACAGGCCUUUUCUAAGUUGCUCCAAGCCUCUGUACCAAACCACUGAUAUGCAAUGAUUUUUUAUUUUCAUGCCAAGGAAACUCUUUAUCACAAGAAAGGUUUGUACUUAGCCUCGUUUCGAAAGUGAGCGUUUUUGGAACUCGGAAAUGGCGUAUUUAUGGUCUCUAAAGUUCUGGUGUCUGUUGUGAGAAGUUGCUCUGUUUAGCUGUUUUUCAUGUUGUGUUGGUGCGGUCAUCGCAGUAAAUCUAAAUUUCAUUUUCAGAAUUAUGUCUAUGGUGUUUACUUGAACGAAAGCCGUGUUGCCUUCUUCUUCAAAACUCCAAGUGACACCUAUACAGUUCACAGCAAACUCAGUUCAUACAGUGAUGGACGCUGGUACAAGGUGCAUGUGGUUCGUGGUCUCAGGAAUGCUAGUCUGACUGUCAGACCAGCAGGUCUGUCAGACAGUGGAGCAGUUGAUCACAGCACAAUAACAACCUCAUCACCUGUUUAUCUACCUGUUGGACAAGCGUUGCUAUUUGGUGGGAAAUAUCCCAACAGGUUUGUGGCCAUUCGUUAUGGUUUGUGCAUCUGUGUGAAACUAAUUCACUGGCAAUUCCAUUCAAUAAAGUAACUGUUUCCCAUGACAGUUGCAAGUGAGUUGUAGCGGGAAUUGAUGAGAGGAAUAGGUCAGCCUCGUUCCCAGAGUCCUCUCCUACUCGGCCACCCGAGCGAGAGAUAGGCUGAGUUGGAGAGGACCCUGGUAGCGAGGUUGAAAAUAGGCUAUUGUACCUACACAAACCAUACCUGUUAUCGUUGUGUACGUUUAACCGCAAUUUCUUGAAAUUAUUCUAACAUCCUCCUGCGUGACAGACUUGAUUUUAAAGGGAGUAGAGAGUCGCAUCUGUUUUCAUUAGGUAGAAGCUAAGAAGAAGAAGAAUAGACAGCACUUAUUAGAGUAAACAAUUCUGCAUGAUUGCAAAAAGCUUUGUAAAACGUUAAAAUAACGAGGCAAAAACGUCGAGGAUAAUUCUGUAAAAACAGCAAACCAUGCCCGUUAAAUAGUUAGUGACUGGUGUAUGUAAUGGCUGUAUGUUGACAAUAUUGUAAUAGUUAUGGUGUUUUGUCUUUGUAGCCCAAUCCAGGCUCCUGUAGACACGUCAUUCGCGGGAGCUUUAAGGUGGAUCAAUAUCAGUAGCUCUUCUUCUGGAGUACUGAUGUCCCGCUCACUUAGUGAUUCCAACUAUACUGAGUCUUACAAGGGGGUGUCUUUCUCUGGACUGUUGCCCAUGGUAAGAACAUAGCUGGUUUUCGCUCAUCCGAAAGGCAGAAAAAGUUAAUAAGCGCCCAGCCUCGAAUAAGUGUCCACCCCCUCCCCGCUCCCACCCCCAAAAAAUGAAGUGCACGAGAGUAGUAUUGUUAUUAUUUAUUCACUGACUUACAAUCUCUAGAUUCAUCGUCUACGAGAAUUUUGGAGUUUUCCUCAAAGUUUCGCGUUUUGUUAUUACCAUUUAUUGUUGUGUUGCAAAAUAAACAUACUACACUUGCUGAAAAUGGUGAAAAUUUAAUAAGCGCCCAGCCUUGAAUAAGCGCUCAGGGCGGUUAAUCGAAUAAAUACGGUUUUCUUCACUUUAAUAACGAGAAAGGAACUGAGCCGAGUUAACGAUCGCAAAGACAUCUGAAACUGUUAUUAGGGACAAGUGAAUGACAGGUGCGCCCCCAGUAACGACACCAGAAACAAUCGCAGGAGGCAUUUCGGCUCCCAUUCACUUUUCUUUUCUACAGUGGCGAAUAGAACGGUAAGGUAAAGUCUAGGGUCAAACUUGUUUGGGCCUUUUCGUGAGACAAAGACAAGGCAAGACUGAGGGAAACGUUUUGGCGAACUGCAGAAAAAAAAAUGUUCUCAAAUUAAUCUUCUUUAUUUAUUCCAUAUCUGUCUGAUAGGAAACAUGGUGUACUUGUGUUAUUUUUAGCUAAGGCAAAAUGAUUCGUUACAUAAGAAAUCAAACAGCACACUCCUACUCUUCAGAGCCAACUACUAGUGACCAAUAACAUAGCGACGUAAUUGACCAAGUAGGUCAAUAACUAGAAUUUAAUACCAUCGUCUGGCGUGAUGCAACUCGCUUUUAAUCUGAGGAUGGCUACCGCACAGGUUGUCGAAACGUCAGUCACUGUCAACAACAGUCCUAUUCAGGACUGCGUUCACCCGGACGAUCGGACGCCACCUAAUUACGAAAUGACUCCUGGGCUCAUACCUUUCGCUGAAUUAGAACUGCUAUCUGAUUGAAUUUUGCAAUAUCUGAUAGGUCUGCUUCACCGUUGUAUGUUUUCAGGUCGAGCAAGGUAUUCGAUUCCUGGGUCAAAGUUACGCUGCCGUGGAACCUGGUCAGUCGCAAAUGACGUCAAUCUCAUUGAAGUUUAAGACACUCUCUCCUACUGGUGUUUUGGUUUACAGUGGAGAGGUAACAUAACUUAAUUAUUAUUAUUAGUUAUUAUUAUUUUUAUAAAAAGUAUAGAAAUGACCUAAAAACUGUGUGAUAGCCUUGUAACUGCUCAGCUUUAAGCAGCACUAAAUAGUAUGCAGUGUUGGUUUAUGUGGAAUGCAACCUUGUCUGCCUAGCCUGUGUAACAGGCGCCAGGUAAUUUUUUUAAAGGCCGCGCGACGGGAGCACUCCUUUCCUCCCCUCUGGCGUCCUCGAAUUUUCUCUUUUUGCCCUUAAAAAAUACCGGCGCCUGCUACGCAGGCUAUUGUCUGCCUUGAAAAUCGUCUGCAACGAUUCAGAUUACGUUUUCCAAUGAAAUUACUGGUUUUUUGUGUGUUUAAACCAGGGGAAUCGGCUUUAGUUAAAUGGAUUUCAAUUUUAAGAAGCAAACAGCAGUCAUAACCUCUUUGAGUCAAGUGCCAGUGUUUUCAUUCUUUACUUAAUCCUUUUAAGUUUCAAGAGUGAUUAACAUCAAUUUUCUCCCAACAAUAUCGGUACAUAAUCAAAAGAAAGGGUCCUAGGAACUGAUACAAUGAUCACCAAGUGGAAAUAUUUUCAUUUCUUAACAAAUUCUCUCAACAUCGCCUUGAAGGAAAUUUAUGAAGAUCACUGGAGAAUUUGUGAGUGGAUAUCGGAGCUUAAUGGAGUAACAGUAUUUCUCUUAUUUCAGGGUCCUUUCUUUUACUUGGCGCUUUUCCAUGGCAACCUUUAUUUAGUGUACAGUGCCAAUCUAACAACCAAGUUCGUUCCCGUGAUUAGCAGUGGAGAAACUUUGAAUGACGGUGCUUAUCAUGCUGUUAAAAUUGAACUGGGAAGUAGCGGGUAAGUAAGUUUUCUAUUUUUUUAAUUUUACCGCCAGUGCGGUUUGUUUACAGGUCACAUUUCACUGGUCACUUCAAGAAACUUCUAUAGAGUGUUCCUGAACAAAAGCAGAGGGCUUUGCUGUCGAACUUGACAAUAAAAAUGUUAUUGGCUCCAGAAUACUAAUGUCUUCCAACAGACACUUCUUUUCUUUUGUGUUAGAGAUUGACGAUGUACAUUAAUCAAGUAUAAAGCCAAACCAAAACGACUAGAGAGAUACCAGUCAGUGUGCUUUCCUUUCUGUCAUAAGCGUUUUCUAUAUAGCUUGAAGAUUAUUUUCUCAUUUAGUUUGCUGAAUACAAAAAAAAAAUCGCCGAAAAUGUUGAAAAGAUGGGGAUAUCAUUUUAAAGCCGCCGUUUUAUCUUAGUGUUCAUGUUGCUUGCGCUUCAAUUUCGCUGAAUUAGCGUCUUUUUUAUUUCCUUUCAGGUCCGUUUUAUUAGCGUUUAACUCGAAAAAAAUUUCUAAAGUACAAUCCAUGUUCAUCCUCCGAAGAAAAAAAGAACAAGUGAUCCAGCUGCUUUAAUUCCUUUUUCUAACAUUUGUGUUUGUGUUUUAGGAGCAAUAUAAAACUUGAUGACCGCGAUUUGACAAUAGAUCCGGGAUUUCCCGCGGGUCCCGUUAGUCUGAAUGGCAGUCUGUGGAUUGGUGGGGUGGAUAAUCGUACAGUCAUACCCAGGCCCUUCCCUGUUAUUAUUCCAUUCGAAGGAGAUAUGAAGGACCUGACGCUGAAUGGAGAGUAAGUUGCUACACUGCGUGCUAAUCUAAAAAAGAAGAUUUCAUUGUUUUUAGACUUUUUUUCUCAACGCUCAAGGACUCAGCCGCUAUUUGAUCUUUUCACUCUUCCUUCCCCCACAAAAAAAAUGAAAUCAUAUCAGUUGCAGCGGCCAGGUUUAAUUGUUGGAAGUGAUAUGCAGUAUAAACAAGUAGCACCAGUGAAGAGUGUAUAUUUGUAUAGUUUUACAGCUGGAAAUUUCAAUGCAGUUUUACAUACCUCAAGUGAGAGAGUUCAUAUCUUACUAGAUAAAUGUAAUCAUGAUAGGAAACUUUUUUUUAACGAUGACAGUGAGGACCCAAUUUUUUCUUUCUUGAAAAUUUAUAGCCUGCGUGGCAGGCGCUUGGAAGUAAUACUGCUAGAAAAGGACAGGGUGCGCGACAAAAUUCAGUGCAUCGUUACGGUUUUCUGUGUAGUAUACUAAGGGAUGUGUUUUGGUUUUCAGCCCAAUAAACAUCUUCUCUGGACGAAGCCAGUAUGUAUCACUAGCUGGAGUGCCGCCUGAACUUGUUGUAGUACCCACCGCUGAACCCACAACCCCUCCCCCCACGUUACCACCACCUACCUGCGGUGCACCGAACCCACCCCUGCGGGUUGGAUUAGGAGAGGAGCAUGCGCGAUUAGAGGGCUCUGAAUAUAUCGCCUUUUCUUCAAGUCAAGAAGUGUUAAACUACACUAGAGAACGGUAAGCACUUUUGAUCGUUGUGUGUAUAACUCUUUUUGCUCUCGCAAAAUUUACUUUUUUUGGUACUCUCAGGGCUGAAGAUUUUUCCCUAAAAACAUCCCUCUGAUACGUAACCUUCUCCAUAAAGCUUUGCCCUUAGUUAGAUUUGUUGACGAGGUUGUCUGCUACACAUUGUCGUUUAAGCUGUAUUGGCACUCUAUGAAUUUCUGAUGAACAAGAUUUCUCUUAAGUAGGUUGAGCGAAGUACACGAAUAGGACUCUUAUUGAUAGUGACUGACGUUUCGACAGCCUGUGCGGUUGUCAUCUUCAGAGUCAAAGAUGACGACUGUCAACAGCAGUCCUAUUCAGUACUACGAUCACCCGGGCGAUCAUGCUCAACCUACUUAUGAAAUGGCCCCUGGAUGAUGACAAGAUUUCUCUUGUUUGUUAUUGAUAUGCCGCCGCAGCAUGUUGUGAUCACUGACUGAAAGACUUAUUAUUUCAGGAAAAUAAAGUCAACUGGAAUAACCAUCAAUAGGCUGGUACUGUAAUACUAAUAAAUGUCUUGUUUUGUUGGUCAGGUUUGUGAUUUCUGUUACGUUCCGGUCUCUUGUUCCGAAUGGAGUUCUGUUGUAUGCAGCUGAUGACGUCAUGAAUCCCAGUCAUUACAUUAGCUUGGAGCUUGUCAAUGGACAACUAUUGUUUAAACAAAAUGCUGGCAUCGGGGAAGUUCGAGUUGCAAGCAGAUUCAGUAACUACUCCCAUGGUGGAAUUGAAUAUACGGUAGGGGAAUUUCUUUUUUAAAAUCGUUCAAUAAAUAGAGAAGCCAUGCAAAUUUAUGGCGACAAAAGAAAGCGUUUAAUUUGACUCCUACAGGUCUAAUUUAAGACACCAACUUGGUCGACGUUUUAAUGUUCUGGGGCAACAUUAUGGCCGACGUGACGUGAUAUGGAAGGCUCUAUUGACCCCGUUAACUUAUAACUUAUUUUACAAUAUCAACACGGAACCCGAGUGCCGUAUAUCUCAUGUCAGAUGAGAAUUGACACUUGAAGAUGUUGUUUGAAUGCUCUGUUGGGGUUUUGUCAGCGGGCAAGGUUUCGUCACUUUGGGUUGCCAGUGGUAGAAAUAGGGUUACUAAAGGCGAUAACCAUUCGGACUGCGGGUUUUAGUCACGUGACUAAAGACCAAGGAGAUGUUAUUUUACCUUGAUCGUCUCUGGUUUGUUACUUGACCUUGUGACGUCGUUCAAUCAAAUGUCUUCCUCGCCUCUAGCUUCGGCUACUUCGUUAACAGUUUGAAAUAAUAUUAGUAAAAAACCACAUUGUUCUAUUGAAAUAAAUAAAACUAAACGAAUCAAAAACUUGUAAGUUGUGAUUUGUCUUGUUGAACACUACUGCUAUCUUUUUCACUUUGUCUAUGGAAAAGAUAAGGCCUUCAAGAAUAAUUCCUGUAAUUCAGUGCCUUGUGUAGCAAUCUAAAAUGCACCAUAGCAAACUGACGAAGCAUUCUUCUUUGGUCUUUGCAACAGGUUCGAUUGUUGAGAAUUACUCAGUUUGGUGCUAUUUUGGUGUCAAACACAAACGACUACAAGAAUAACAGGGUCGGCCAUGGAACAGCUGCCCUGGUCAUCAACAGUCCUUUCUUUUAUGGGGGAGUACCCGCACAUAUAAAUAUGUCAGUAUUAGAGGUAAGCUUUAAGCAUCGAAAUUAUUCACCAUUCACCCAUCUCCCAUUAUACACCUUGCUUUCUCCCCUUUCUCUCCCCCCCUCCCCCCCCCCAAAAAAAAUUGCAUAACCUUUGUUUUUCAUUUGUCUUGGGGAUUGUAGUCGUUCGAAGAGAAAUUGAAGACCUACCUAUGCAAUUUUUUUUUUUUUGGGGGGGGGGGCAUGGUCAGCCACGAUUUUGUCAAAAAUGAUAGUCUUUACCGUGAUUUUGUAUUUUACAGCCGAUUGAAAAUCGUCUAUACAUGUUUAAUGUUUUACAGCAAACAUUGUGUCUCCGUCCAUUGUCAGCCCAAGACGGUAGACCAAAGCAAAAGUAAUUUGGAUAUGGCAUGUUACAACACUGAAAGACACUGAUGUUCGAUCUGGCUAUAAUGAUAGCCCGCUGGCGCAUUUCUUACGCACUCACUGCUCAGUUAAAUUUAUCUGAUCUGAAUUUUCGUUUGUUUUCCGACAGUCUAAGGGAGUUGGUUUUAUUGGUUGCCUUGGACCUCUCUCCAUUCAGAACGCCAAGUCUGAAACCAAGAUCUUCAAUCCGCGGUAAAGAGAUAAUUAAACCAACUUACAACUUGUAAACCCCUUAUUUCUCCAGACUGAUCUCCAUACAUUUCCCUAUAGAAUUAGUUGAGAGAAUUUGAUAAAAGAUCAAAGCAUUUUCCCUUUGGUGACCAUUUUUAUUUCUUGUCGUAACCUUUUCUCUUGAUGGUGUAAGGGUAUUAUAAGGAGUAAAUAGAUGUUAGUCACUCUGGGAACGGGUAAAAGUGUUAAAGCGGGCAUAGACGUCUGAAAUAAUGUUUAGAAAUAGUGAUUUUAACGGCAUUUCACGACAGCCAUCAUGAGUCAUCUUUCUACAUUUGAAGAUGCAUAAAAGCGGGGGUUCACUGUUCGAGUGCCCUCAUUUUCACUGUUUUUGGUAAUGGCGUUUUGUUUUACUGUGCAAAAUUGUAUGUUGAGUGUUAAAGUUCUUUCUGCUUCAUUUUUUUAGCACUGACAGGGAAGAUGCUAAUUCUAGUUACACCUAUAAACAGUGUUACAAUGAAAUACAAUCACAAGCUGGUUUCAAUGGUGACGGCUACAUUAUUUAUGGUAAGAAAACAGCGCUUGAACAUCUAGUUUUUCCUAUCAGCUGGAGCUCUGUUUUAUUUGCCAUUAGUUAAACGAUUAACUAUUUAGUUUGGAACGUAAAAGUUAGUGGCGUGAAAGAGAUAAGCUGUUAUAUAACUCACGGUCCGUUUGCUCUGCUCUGUGUUGUGUUUAAAUCUACCAAGGGCCGUACGCGUUUGAUCCCCCUUUCGUUCCGUUUGGUUAGUUCAUUCGUUUUUGGAAACUGCUUUUUAAACCAAUAGUUUCCAUAUGGAGACCACAACCCGUAUGUCAGCAAUCUACUGGCAAAUUGCGUUAAGCAGUCCAGUUUUUUCCACUCUAACUUCUUUGGCGAAAUAAAUUGUUUUUCCUGUUUUAACAAGACUGUUAACAAAGUGUUUUUUGUUUUUAUUUUAAGAUUCGGACUACUCGCUUCCUAAUGGGACAGAAAUAGAAAUCACCUUCCGCGCCACAACUCGUUCCGGGCUCCUCGUGUCUAUUACCAACAGAACGGGGAAUGGGUCCGUUACCUUGGAGCAGUUAGAGGGACAGGUAAGUGUGUGAGCCGAAGUGAAAAAUAGAUUAAAUCCUUGAACCCCUUUUCCAAGUGAUCAUUCAAAAGACUGGCGCGUUUUUCUUACCAUCGUCUUCUGUUUGUUUCAGGUUGUUCUAAUUUUUAAUGGUGAGGGUACACCGGAAGUGAUCAAGUGGACCGACCCUUCUAUCCCGUCUGAUGGACAGUAUAAUGCUUCAUUCCAUCUUUGUGAUAACAAAUUUCACAAAAUAGUGAUAAGAAGGACUGGCAGUAAUGUUGAAUUGCAAGUGGAUGAUCAUCAAGCUGUAAAGGGUUCUGUACCAUCUGGAUUUUCUCUCCAACCUGCCAACUUCUACAUUGGUGGCGUACCAGGUAACUUUAAGAAGCCUAUCUUGUUACACUCGUAAUAAUAAACAUCAGAAAAUUUCUCGAAUCUGAUUGGCUGAGAGCGAUGCAGUUUUUAGUUAACGCGGUGCAAAAACGAGGAAAUAUAUUGAAACAUUGUGAUUGGCUAAUAAUAAAUAUACAAUAGAAAUACAAAAGAACCAAUCCGUUGCCGCAAUAGACAGGAGAAGUCCUUACGUCAUGUUACCAUGGUAGCAAAAUCCGUGGUAGCAACAAGCCUUGGUCAUUCACUUAUGGCAGAAAAACGAAAAAAUAGACAUGUACGACUUUCCUGCGCAUGAUUGCACAGACGGUGGCCCAUACUUUUCUUCCAUCGUUCGGCAAUGCAAAUGGCCGUCUCUGUCAAGAAAGAUUUUUGAGAUCCAGAAAUUCUGCUACCAUGGUAACGUGACGUCACACUUCUGUCUAUCUUUAUUGGCCAUUUUUAGGUGACGAGUGAGACUGUGUCUGUGUCAUGUCAAAUUGUAUGAUGGAACUGUUUUGGGGAUGAAAUUUGAUCAAGUUAAUUUCUUUAUAUAUAUUGUAAAAGGGUAAUUAGUCCAAAAAUGUUUCUUACCGGUCAGAAUGGUUUUCUUCCCAUAUAUUUUGGACCGCAUUAUUCGUUUUUGGCGCUGAGAAAUGUCUCCUUUUGGUCCUUGGCCGGAACAAUGGUAUUUGAUGUCACAAAUAGGCCCUCUGCAGCUAGCCAUUCACGUGGUACAAAACCGCCGUGCUGGAGAGAAAAAGUCGCUCUGGGAGAAGGCAAACAAAGAAAAUUACCAUUUCAAAUUAUGUAUGUCUUUUGUUUGUCUUGUCCCUGUGCGACUUUUGCUCUCCAGCGUGGCGGUUUUGUACCAGGUGAAUGGCUGCAAAGCGCCUAUUGUUCAGAACACACGGAUGUUGUAACGGACAAAAGAUUGAUGGUGUCGUCACUCAGGGAUAAAUUCGUCCCCCAUUCACGGGCCCUAUUUUGAUGAAGAUUGAUGUUGUUAAUGUUGUGUUUUUAGACGGAUUUGGGUUCCAGACAGACAGUGGCUUGUCACAUAAAGGACUCACAGGUUGUGUACAGAGCCUGAAAAUUGAUGGACAGUCAGCUGGCAUCAUAAGAAACACACAGCUAUAUAAAGUACAACAAGGCUGUAAUGCUCCACGGGUUACAUAGCUUUGAACUCUUUUACGCCUGCUUGCACUUAAUUUUUCUGCAUAGUAAAUAAGUGUACCGCUAGUUGUGAUUAUUUAGAAGUCACUUUUGCCAUUAGAGAUGGAGAGUUAGAGGUUUCGUGCACAUACAGAACUAGAAGGGAUACUUUUUUACAGGAUGAUACAAAUAUUGAAUAAAUUUUUGAUAAAAUGGAUCCUUUCUCUGAAAUAAUAAAUAAGGAGUGUGUUUUCUUCAUUAAUAAUGAAACCUAUCAUCAAAAUGAAAACUCAAGGUACUGGAAACUGAAUUAGUUGAAUUAUUUUUUUUUUGUAUGAGCAAAUUAAAAUUUUGUUUUUGUUUUUGUUUUUUCAUUUUUGUAUUCAAGAGAAACAUUUUUGGUUAAUUGAUUUUUUAUAUAUUUUUUACAAGCUUUCCGUGUUAUUUUCAUUAUCCGCGUAUAGUUAUAUUUAGCCUUUGAAUUGUAACUAUCUCUAAAUGAUGUGAAGGCACACGGUGUUAAUCAUGUCAGUAUUAAAAGGUGUGUAAAACGUAUUUGAACAUAAAUAAAGC